UUGAUUUUUCCGGAAACAUUAAUGGCAACGAAAUUGUUCGUAAUAAUCUUGACGAUCCAAUCAAAGUGAAAAGGUUACGCAUUAAACCACUCACCUACCACAUUGCAGUUUCUAUGACAAUUCAAGUUUUUGGAUAUACCAUUGCGACUUCUAUUGAUUCCUGCCAGGAAGGCAAACAACCUUCACCGGAGGUCGGUGGUCCUGGAACAGUAUAUAUCGAAGAUGCUGCUAGCCACAACUCUCAAUUAAGAAUUGACAACAAAUCACAGUUCCCGAAGAUGAAAGUUUCAGCUGAUUGUUCUACGUUUCUUUACGAAGAGUCAGGUGCGGCGGCUUGGAUAACAUCCGUUUCAAAUGGUCUUCGUGACAUCAGUAUCAGUAAUAGUGAUCACCUUGUUAUUAACGGAUCCAUCGCGGUUUCUAGCAUUACUGGUCAGUCCUCCAGCUUUCUUCACAUUGCCUCAGACACAACUGUGGACUUAAACAUUCCUGGCACGUCUACAUCUCUUAGCUGCACAGCCUAUGUGUAUGAGGGUGCAACUCUCAAUCUUGCAGACGGGGACUAUACUAUUGCUAGAACAUUGUAUGUUGCCGGUACGCUUAUGACAACGUCGAAUACUGGGAUGGUAGUUGGAGGUAAUACAGGUAUUGCCGUCCAGAUGUUCGUCCCAACAGAUGCAGAAUACAAUUCGACUCUUUCUCUGCAGUCAUUGACAAUACAGUCUGGUGCGUCUGUGUUAUUAGACCAAUCGAAUUCCUCUGGAUCUUGCGGCUACGCUUUGAAUUUAACAAAUUCCAGAAGAGACCUACUAAUGGAAGGUAACUCGAAGCUUCGGGUCGGCUGCAGUGUCAAUAUCGAGGCAAGAUCUGUGACAUUAGUCAAUACUAUUUUCAAUACAGAUGUUGUUUCGCGAGAUUUAUUACAUACUACAUCCACAAUCAAUGCGCAAUCGUUAUAUAUCAAUGGCGACACCGAUUUAGGCUUGGUUAGCAUUUAUAACAUUGAUAACUUUACUGUUGCUACUGAUCAAACACUUAAGCUUACAUCGAGAGACGUCAGACUUCUGAACGCUGCAGUUACCAUCAACGGUCAUAUGGUAUCUAGAAACUCAAUGGAUAUAGCAUGUUCUACAUUUACAGUUAAUAAUGGCGGUUCGGUCACCUGGUUGGGUUCUGGAGAAUUAGUCCUAUCGUGCACGAAUGUUUACAUCAACGGACAAUUCAAUCCAAGCGAGUCAUUUCAGAACGGCCCUGGCUACACAACAUUCAUUGUAGGAGAAUAUGGAUACUUGCGCUCUGUGAAUUUCAUUGGAGAAUUUAUCACUGAUGAACUAGAAAUUUACGGAGAUCUGAUAAUUACCCAUUCACUGAAUUUCAUUGGUCAAAACAGUACUUUAAUGCAGUCGGUAAUUAUCGGCGCCAAUGGCCGACUUCUGCUAGAUGACGCAGAUCAAUCAAUUGAGCGCCAAUGGAAAAAGGAUACAAUGGCAUCAAAAAUAUUGGCUGACGAUGUUAUAAUUAAUGGACUUCUUCGUGCUGGACGACUUGACGUUGGGGUUGGUUGGAAAAAUAUUCAUGUUGAAGGUUCUUUCAUCUUCCAACCAAACAAUACAUACAGAUUUGAUGAUGUUGUAAUAAAUGGAAUAUUCGAUAGUCUUACACACAUUGAUCUGGUUGGCAGGACUCAGUCGUAUAUUCAGUCAUUCAACACAGGUGUAGGAUCUGAAGUCGUAUUUGAUAGUGGCAGAUACUUCAACGACACUUCUAGUCCUGCCAUUUCAAGAGUUGCUAUUAGGUCUUUUAACAUCAGCGGUAUUCUUAAUGCCCAAGAGCUGAGCUUUGAAGCAGCUUUUGAGUAUUUUUCAGUUAAUCAAGCAGGUGUAUUUACAACGCUGGUUGUUAGUUCAUUACGGGUAAAUACGUUCAGUGUUGAUGGUGAACUGCACAUAGCUAACCCACUUAAACUGUCGGGCCCAACUAACGCCAGCCAAGUGAACUCAUUCAAUAUUGGAAGCCUUGGUAAAGUGUACCUAGAUGAAUAUGGAUAUGCAACAGGACGACUGUCCGGUGUUUCGACUAUCGGCAUAGAGCAUGCCACUGUUGAUGGAAUAUUCCUGGUAGGGAAUUUGGACAAUCUUCUUCUUCCAGACGGAUGGAAUACGUUAACUGUUGGUAUGAACGCGCACAUGGAGUUCGUUUUAUCCAAUACAUUCAUAUGUCAUGAAUUUACAACAGAAACAGGAUCGACAGUACAAGUUGAUAGUCUUAACGCUUUUGCUACGUUGAGGGUUAAUGAACUUGAGGUAAAUGGUAAACUUAAUAUAACAGACGCAGUUCUGAUGUCUGGAACGUCACCCACCGACCGCAUAUCGUCGUUUACUAUCGGCAAUACUGGCAACAUGUUCGUAGACGAUAGAGGACGUAUUUCUGGAUCUUGGACGAAUGUAUCAACCAUUGGCGUACGCAAUGCGAAUAUCAAUGGCCGAUUUAGUGUGGGGCUGUUUGAUAACCUUCUUUUUUCAAGUGGUUGGGAGUCAUUGUCUUUAAGGGACAAUGGUCACUUCUCAUUAACCCUUACAAACGAAUUUAUCUGUACUACCAUAACAACACAAUCAGGAACACAAGUGCAAAUAGAUAGUAUUCUAAAUUUUGAGGUGUUUCGAGUUGAUACCAUUACAAUUAAUGGUAUAUUAAGUGUUAAUGACGCAGUAUUAAUGACUGACAGAUCUGGUAAUAACGUCAAUGCAUUCACAAUUGGCAGUACUGGACAUGUUUACAUUGAUGAAAGAGGUAGAAUGAACGGUAAAUGGACAAAUAUCUCAACCAUUGGUGUGGACACAGCAAAUAUUAAUGGACGCUGGAGCAUUGGUCUCCUUAACAACCUUCUCGUCAACACUGGAUGGAUUGACUUUACUUUGGCUGCAAAUGGACACAUGACGUUUACUCUGGUGGAUGAUUUAAUAUGCAGCACAGUCUUAACAACUGUUGGAACUGUAAUGCAAAUUAGAUCAACGAAAGGAUUUGUUACUAUGAAAAUAAACAACAUGGAAAUCAACGGAUACAUGACUGUAAACGAUGCAAUAUUAUUACGCGGGAAAACAGAUCUUGUUGUUCAUACAUUCGCCAUUGGUUCCCAGGGUGUUUUCAAAAUAGAUGAGAAUGGAAGGAUAAGUAACAACUGGACAGACACAUCCACUAUUGGACUUGAUGCUGCGACUAUAGAUGGUCAGUUUUUGGCUGGAAGAAUGACGAAUCAAAUACAAGUGAAUGAACAUGUAACUGAGGGAUGGAAAUAUUUGAACAUGUCUGAAAAUGGCCUUUUCAAAUUUGAGUCUGUAAAUGAUUUCCUCUGUGAUCGUAUUAUCAUCCUGAACAAUGCAGUAUUCCAAACGUCAAAUAUAUUAGUUAUUCGCGGGUUUACCUUGAGUAGAGUGCAACUUUUUAAAAUUGGAACUGGUGGUGAGGUCCAUCUGGAUACAGAUGCUGGUGGAUGGCAGAUUUGGCGUGACAGUUUUUCUGAGCUCCACGCUGAUGACGUAGUUGUCGAUGGUACAUUUUUACCAGGUGGUCUUGACGUCGGUAUUGGUUGGUUAACUCUACAAAUGUCUUCUACAGGUUCCUUUAAGUUUCAGCUCUAUGAUCCAUCAGAACUACAUUUGGAUAAUGCUGACAUUUCUGGUGAAGUCAGGAUAUUAAAUCCUGUCGUCAUCCACGGAAGAAACGCAUCGUUUACUAAUGCCUUCCACAUUCGCUCUGGUGGUUCACUUUAUUUGGACGCUGGCAACUACGUAAGCACGUUUCUAACAAAUUUGACUUUUUCCACAUUUUUAAUCGACGAUUUGAGAAUUUCGGGGAUUUGUGAAGCACAGGAACUCUCGUUAACUGCCUACACAGUGGAUGUAAGCGGAUCCUUUUCAUUCGAUGCUAGUACGGUGGUAACCAUCGAUAGCCUUGCUGUUACAGCCACAGGAAUUGUUAAUGUUUUCCAUCAAGCUGAAUUUGUAGGCCGGUCAGCAAAUAACACCGAUUCUAUCACAGUCUCCGGAACGAUGAAAUUAGAUUCACUUUUGGAGGAUCACACCACACGAGCAUGGUCGAGUACUAAUGGUUCUACCUUCAAUCUUAAUUACCUUACUGUUAACGGUAACCUAUAUGGUGGUUUACUUAAGGCUGGCGUCGGAUGGGAGGACCUAACAGUUGGUGGUGGAGGAACAUUUAAAUUUGAGCCAAAAAAUCUUUAUUACGUAGAUACUGUGACUAUAAACGGCCUAAUGGAGACGUUCACACCAAUGAACGUCAACGCCUCAUUAAUUGGCACAAGUUUAGUGGUUUCUUCAACAGGAACAGUUGACUUGGAUUUCAAGGGAACCCCAGUAGUAGGCGGUGGAUGUGAAGACUCGAUUAUUUUGGUUACAAGCGUUAUUAUCAAUAAAAAACUUAAGGCAGGCUCCCUUCUGAUAGAGUGUCAAUCCCUUAGUGUUGGUGGUGGCGGUAGCAUUGAUGUUACAGGAGGCGGUCACGCAAGCGAUGAUGGCCCAGGGAAAGGAGUGUCAUAUAUAUAUGGCGCAUCGGGUGCUAGUCAUGGAGGACGUGGCGGUAGAGGGGGAUACUCAAGCCAUAGAACGAUAGCAGGCAAUCUUCCAUAUGGUAAUAUCUAUGAAAUAUCUAGCUGGGGAAGUGGUGGAGGCUCUGGCUCAGGAAAUGGAGGACGCGGAGGUGGAAGAUUCCAAGCAAAUAUCACUCAAACGUUUACGUUAAAUGGUAACAUAUACCUGAAUGGAGAAAAUGGAGCUACUAAUGCCGGAGGAGGAAGUGGAGGAGGAUUUUGGGUGACAUGCGAUGGAUUUUAUGGAUCAGGUAGAGUACACGGCAUCGGCGGAGCAGGUAAUAACAAUGCAGGGGGCGGAGCUGGCGGAAGAAUGUCGGUAUUUUACAGAUCUGGUAAUUUCCACAGUAACCAAGCAAUAUUCAACGGUGGAGGAGGAGCUGAAGCUGGAGGACCAGGUGUCAUUUACCUAGAGGGCAUUGAACCUGAAAUCAAAAACUUGCGAAUCGACAACAAAUGCCAGUAUCCACAGGUUACCAUGCCAUCUGGAACCAGCGCCACACAAGCACAAUAUCAAACUUAUAUAAGUACAGGAAGUAUCGCAUACUUGUUGCCGACUACAGAUGAUUUUGAAUACAGGUUUACGCACAUUGAAAUUUACGGAGGCGCACAUCUGACGUUCGCUGGCGACAGGACGAUCGUUAGAUCGGAGUGGAUACACGGAGAUGAUACUGGAUAUAUACACGUUGCACCGAAUCAUAUACUGGACGUUGAUGGUGUCUCACCUUACAUACGAGCGAAUGUAACUUGGGCUCCAUAUAUAUAUGAAGGAGCAACAUGGAUACUUCCCACAGCGACGGUGGAGUUUAGAGAGUCGUACAGAACUGGAUGUGGGUCGAAUGCGCUAAUUAGUUCAAAUGUAAAGAUUUGGGGAACUUUAGAUGCUUCUAGAGCGCAUCUCCUGAUUGGAUACGUCAAUUCAGGUACAACACUAUCGAUGGAACUUCCAAGUAGGCGAUACCUGGAAUGUGUCGGUAUCACAAUCCAGGAAAAUGGCAUCUUAGAUUUUAAGAGUGCGAAUGAGAAUGAAGAUGACAGGUGGUUUGUAAAGAUACUGAGAGGGACAGGCGAGGGCCAAAGGUCAGGCAAAUUGACUAUUGAAGGCGGUGGCUUACUUCGUGGAUCUGUUCUAGAUAUCGCAGCUGAACGCAUUGAGGUGGAGAUGUCGGGGCAGUUGUUAGUAAAUGGAAAGGGGUUCAGUGGGGGCCCUGGAUCACCUCCGUCCGGAGUAACAUCUGGAGCUGGAUAUGGAUCUAUUGGUGGCAGAGGGCGUGAUUCAGAUGAAUAUGUUGGAUCCCCCUAUGGCAUAAUGAAUCAACCCAUAAGUUUCGGAAGCGGCACUGGUAAAAAAGGUGGAGGCAUAAUAAAGUUGAACGUUACUACUCUAGCAGUCGAAGGUUCUAUUAGUUCUAUGGGUGAUGCCGGUGAAUCAAAUAAAGGUGGUGCUAGUGGAGGCUCGAUUCUCAUUUACACCACAAAUUUAGAAGGCACUGGCAUUAUACAGGUUAACGGUGGUAACGGCGGGUCAAAUGGGGGAGGAGGAUCAGGUGGCCGACUUGCUCUCUUCUACCGUGCUAUCGACUGGUGGUUUGGUCAACUGACGUCAUAUGGUGGCAGCGGUGGCUAUGGUACCGGUGGUGCUGGUACUGUUUACUUCGAGGUUUUGCCGCCAAAUUCACCAAAUAAAACUUUACUAAUCGAUAAUAACAACAGACCACCACCAUUUGAGAGAAUUCUAAAUUACCAAGAUGUUGCUAUGGAUACUGGUAGGUCAUGGCUUUCGAUGGAUGAAGAAGAACCUUAUUUGGAUCACAUCGUGAUAAUUAAGAAAACCCAUUUUUCGGCAGAUUCCAACAUUACUCGAUUACGUGGAGACUCUCUUCAUGGUGAUACAACAUCAUUUCUACACGUUGGCCCGGGACAGAUAUUUGUUGUACGGCCAGAAAAUGAUGGGACAUGGGAGCUAAACGUGCAUGUCUAUGAAGGUGGAACCAUCGUUUUCCCGUCUACAUUCGAGUGUUACAACGUUGAAAUUACAAUAAGAGGUGUUAUCAGUGUCCACGACAUGAUUGUUGGUUCGGGGUGUCGACUUCUUCUAGCACCGACUGGUACAUCUCGUCUAAUUAAUGAAUCACUAGAAACGUCUUUGGAAUUUGCAUCAGGGGGACUUGCCGGUCAUUUUAGAUUCGACUCAUUAACUAUAACAGAUGGAGGAGAGGUAACUGCGGCAGAUGAUGGUGAUGACGCCCUUAGUAACAUCACUAUUACAGCUUAUGAAAUACAUGUUCAAGGUGGUGGACAUCUUCACGCCGUUACUAUGGCACUUAACGUUGGCUCGUUGAUAGUGGAUGAUUUAGGCCAGAUUGUAGCUGAUUUUCACCAGGUCCCUUGUAGUGAUCAUGAUGGCGAUGGAAAAAAUGGAGCCAAUGGCUUCGGGAGUUCAGGUGCUGGUCAUGGUGGCAGAGGAGGCCGUGGUUCGGGUCAGACGAUGACCGGUGCACCUUAUGGACAUUUAUUCGAACCGUACCACAUGGGUUGCAAAGGUGGCGGUCAGCAUGGAGGUAGAGGCGGAGGGACAAUGACUAUAACUGUAACAGAAAAUAUGAAAAUUGAUGGUGAAAUUAGUGCAAAUGGCGAAUCGGCUAAACAAAAUGGAGCCGGUGGUGGUAGUGGCGGAACAAUUUGGAUCAACACGCAAAAUAUGCAAGGAUAUGGUACCAUCUCAGUGAAUGGCGGUAACGGACAUACAUAUGGAUCACAUGAAGGAGGCGGAGGAUCUGCAGGACGUAUGGCAAUAUAUUUUGCUCUAAAUCGAACAUUUUCGGGAUCAUGGCAGGCCUACGGUGGCAACAAUGGCGGUGAAUCAUCGGGUGUAGGUGCAGCAGGGACGGUGUUUUUCUAUCAUACCCGAUAUAUUCACAGGACACUUGUGAUCAAUAAUAAUGGAAAAGGACCGCGAGAGGACGAGAAUGCUAUCGAUGAUUAUACAAAUUUAUCUGAAGAUGAAAGUCGGACUUGGCUAUUGCCGGCAUCAGGGCUCCAUGAUUUUGCUGGAGAUUUUAAUUACUAUUUUGAAGAAUUACAAAUAUACGGAAGUGCACAUCUUGCCGUCUUAACCAAUCCACCAAAUUCACCCGCUACGUUAUACUUUGAAAAUAUGAUUGGUGAUCGCAGUGGUACAGUCCAUAUUGGAAAGAACCAAACUAUGGAUCUAUAUAGAGAGAAACUAGACUUGCCCUUCAACGUGAGAGUAUACCGGGAUGGCAGACUUGGACUAGCGCCAGAAACUAUUGUACAUGAUGUCACAAUUUACCUGGAUGGUGCCUUGGAUUACGUCGAGAGUCUGACAUUGCAUCAUGGUGGAAGGUUUUGGUUGAAUCGAGAUGGUCAUACUGGUAAUCUUUCUUCGGCAUCUUACGAGUUUGACACGGUCCAUGUACAAACUGACGGCUAUAUACACAUGGUAUCUGACGCUGUACAUGAAUCUGGAAUUAGAUUUACCACUCGCAUACUGCACAUAGAUGGUGGAGGUCUUGUAGAAGGAACACAUUUGUACAUGCAUUCAGAAAACAUUACAGUUGACUCUGGAGGAGUUCUUCGCGCAGAUGGAUUCGGAUAUGCCGUUUCUCAUGGAGGUAGUACCAACUCCGAUGGAAGUCUUCGUGUUGGUAUGCACGGUAUAAUUAACUUUGGGCAAGGAUUUACCGGUGCCGACGGGGCGUCCGGGGCAGGACACGGCGGGAGUGGUGGUCAUGGAAAAGGGGUGAGCAAAACCGGAAAACCAUACAGUAGCCUAUAUGAGCCUGAGGAGUUUGGAAGCGCUGGUGGUGGAACAAAUGGUGGUCCAGGUGGUGGUAGAAUAUGGUUUAAUGUUACCGACACCAUUGAUAUUGAUGGUAUAGUUUCUGCAAAUGGAUUGAAUGGAAAUGGUGCAACCAGUGGCGGAGGUAGUGGAGGGAGUAUUUGGAUGCAUUGUAAUGCAAUCAGAGGCUACGGCACAAUUUCUGUAAAUGGUGGUAACGGUGCGACGCAUGGAGGGGGUGGAGCAGCAGGCAGAAUUGCCAUGUACUUUAAGCAAAACUACACGUUCAGUGAUUUUACAUACGAGGCUCAUGGUGGACAUCCUGGGUCUGGAUGUGUUAGUGAAUGCGAAGGUGGUGGUCCUGGCACUAUAUUUAUCUACCAUCAAUUAGAAGACCAUCGUAGUCUUUACGUAGAAAAUAAUGGCUUGCAUCCACGUACGAAGUCUAUUGAUUGGAAUAACCUGGAUGACGAUGGUUGUCGCGCUUGGAUUCUUCCACUAUCUGGCUCUCAUGAAUUUGCUGGUAGUAACCAUGAUUACCAUUUUGAAGAGCUACAAAUAUUUGACGGCGCUCAUUUAGCUGCGCUCACUCCCAAUGCAACGUUAGAUACGCUUGCUGGAUGGUCUAGGGUACAGUUCAGUCAAACAUCCACAAAGAUACUCACAUUUCAUUUUAUACACAUGAUCGGAGAUAGAACAGGAACUCUUCAUGUUGCGGACCAACAAGAGAUGGAUUUAGAACGACAGGAAAUCGAUCUACCAUUUAAUGUACAUGUUUAUCAUGACGGUCAUCUAGGUUUAGCCCCAACCACUGUUAUUCACGAUGUGGAGAUCCACCAUGCUGGCACAUUAUCCCAUGUGAAAAAUCUAACUUUACACCACGGUGGAUUCUUUUGGAUUAAACAUAGUGGAAGAACAACGGGACAACCACCAAGUAAUUGCGAAUUCGAUUUUGUUCUAGUUCAAGAUGAUUCGUCAAUAAAGGCAGAAACUGAUCCAAUUGAUGAACCUGGAAUAACUUUUAAAACCAUUGGAAUAGUUGUAGAAGGAGGGGGACUUAUUCAUGGUACACGUAUGACAUUCCUAUCCACUAACGUCACCGUAGACGCUGGUGGCGUGAUUAUGGCAGAUGGUCUGGGUUACAAGUCAAUUCAUAGUAACGACACACACGGAAAACUCUCACUACAUGGUGAUGUCAAUCCCGGAUCUCCAGACGCGACGAAUGGACACUGUUCGGGUGCAGGACAUGGUGGAAGUGGUGGAAGAGGGUCAUCCCCUCAGUCUCAUGGAGCAGGACUUCCUUACGGGGAUUUGUAUGAACCAUACGUUUUUGGAAGCUCGGGGGAAAUAUGUAGCAAUGGCGCACAUGGAGGUUCCGGCGGUGGAAUCAUUUGGAUGAAUGUGACAGACACUAUGUUAAUUGACGGAAAAAUUACAGCAAAUGGCGGAUUUGCUGUUACCAAUGGCGGUGCUGGUGGCAGUGGUGGUAGUAUAUGGGUGUAUACUCACACCAUUAAAGGGUAUGGGAAGUACGAAGUUAAUGGUGGAAAGGGUUCUACGAAAUCUAGUGAAGGAGGCACAGGAGGAGGUGGAGGAGGAAGAAUGGCGAUGUACUUCGUCAACAAUGAGACAAUGUCGGGAUUUGAUUAUCAUGCUAGAGGUGGUGUUGGUGGUGGUAGUGGCGAACAUCAGGCAGAGAACGGAGGUGCCGGAACAAUAUUUCUAUAUCAUUUGGUGCAUCAGCACAGAACCCUUAUCAUUGACAACGGUGGGCGAGAACCAUUGUCAACUCCGUAUACUAUUCACAAAAAAAUAGGCAUAACUGAGGAGGUUCAUCUUGUUGACGAUUAUAAUGACCUUAGUACAGAUAGUUGUAGAACUUGGAUUUUACCACAAUCAGGUCGACAUUUCUUUGCAAAUGGAACAUAUGACUAUCAUUUUGAAGAACUUCAGAUAUACGGGUCGGCAAAUUUGGCUAUAUUAACUCAUCCAGUUAAUAGUAAUGCUACACUUCACUUCAGACAUAUGAUAGGAGACAGAUCAGGUACUGUGCACAUUGGAAACAAUCAGAAACUUGAUUUAAAACGUCCAGACAUUGACCUGCCAUUCAAUGUAAUAGAAUACCCUGGUGGUUAUCUAGGCCUUGCCCCAUACACUAUAGUGCACGGAGUAAGCAUUUGGUUAGACAGUGUCCUAGAUCAUGUUGAAAACAUAACGCUUCGACGCGGAGGGCUUUUAUGGAUGAGAGAUGGGGGAUAUACAGCAGAAAAUGAUCCUAACUAUUAUACAUUUAACGAUGUAAAGAUACAAAAUGGCGGGAUGAUUCUCGGCGUCACAUCCCCAAUAAUUGAGCAAGGUAUUUAUUUGACUACGCAAGUGCUGUAUAUAGAAGGAGGGGGGCAAUUCCACGGAACAAGACUCUCGGUGACAUCCGAAAACAUCACAAUUGACGACGGUGGACUCUUGGAUGUCAACUUUGAGGGAUUUGCUGUUAAACAUUCCAUCGACAAAGAAUAUGAAAUCAAUCUUGGUAAAGGUUUUGAUGGAUGCAGUGGAUCAGGGUCCUCAGGAGGAUCUUCGGGCGCCGGCCAUGGAGGAACCAGCGGAAAGGGUACUGGGACUCGUUUGACUGGGCAACCAUACGGAAAUAUGUACGAGCCUUAUGACCAUGGAAGCUCUGGUGGCGGGACUGAAGGUGGUUCUGGUGGAGGUACAGUGUGGAUUAAUGUCACCAACGUACUUCAUCUAGAUGGUGAAAUCAGUUCCGAUGGAGAAUCUGUAACUGGUUGUCAUGGAGGUGGUAGCGGUGGCAGUAUUUUUAUAAAUUGUAAUCUGAUGAAAGGUACUGGUAACAUCACAGCCAACGGUGGGCAUGUUGAGGAAACUGGUGGAGGUGCAGGUGGUGCCGGAGGACGCAUUGCUGUAUAUUUGUGGUCCAAUUUAACAUUCAUAGGAUCAUUCCAAUCGUUUGGUGGUGCUGCUAUCAAUGUUGAUGAAUCACAUAGACAUGGUGGUCCUGGAACCGUUUUCUUGUAUCAUCUGUACUAUGAACAUCGCACUUUACUAAUUGACAACAACAUGCUACAUGUCCCUGAUGCUGAUGAUAUGUGUGAUUCAAACCCACUCGACCAUUCUGAUAUCAGUACAGAUUCAUUUAAGGCUUGGAUCCUUCCCCAAGCAGGAGAACAUUUCUUUGCUAAUGGACAGAGAGAUUAUCACUUCGAAGAAUUACAAAUAUAUGGAAAUGCUGAGCUUGCAAUUCUUACAGAACCUUAUGACCACGGAGCGACGUUAUUCUUCCGUCACAUGAUUGGUGAUCGGACGGGUAAAGUACAUAUUGGUCCGAACCAGGUAAUGGAUUUGAAACGGCCGUUUCUUGAUAUUCCGUUCAGUUCUUACGUAUAUGAAUUUGGGUAUCUAGGCCUUGGUUCAGAGACCAUUCUCAGUUAUGUAUUUGUACACCUCGAAGGUACAAUGGAUCAUGUCAAUAUUUUGACAAUGUAUAAUGGUGCUACUAUGCGCAUGCUCAACACUUCAUCUACUAAUAUGCUGCCACCACUUCGGUAUCGCUUCAAUAAAACUGUCACUAUAAAGGCCGACUCUUAUAUGCUCACAUGUGGGGAACAUGCGCACGAGUAUCAAUACAAGUUGGAUACAGAAACUCUGGUUGUUGAAGGAGGAGGCGCAAUUUAUAGUAAACAUUUGAAAAUUGAAAGUACCGAUAUGGUGGUUGAUGAUGGUGGUCGAAUUGACGCAAAUGAUGGAGGUCAUUUACCUGGAAGAGGUCGAGCCCCUGGUGUGUCCAACGGUCAUUGGGCUAGUGGGGCCUCGCAUGGGGGACUUGGUGGAAGGGGUGCGUGCGAUGGAAUCUUUACCUGUCGUCUGAGGCGUAACCUUCCCUAUGGAAAUACAUUGUAUCCAAUGGAUUUCGGAAGUGGCGGUCAUGGUACUUCGGCUGGAAAAGGAGGAGGCAUUCUUGAAAUUGAAGUUGAAAAUAUAUUACGUGUGGACGGCCAUAUAUCGGCGAAUAGUGUUGAUUCGAAGCAAACCGGAAGUAGUGGUGGCAGCGGUGGUAGUAUUUUGAUAACAACAGGCGCCCUCACAGGUGGUCACACUGGAGCAUUCGAAGUAACAGGGAGUGCUGGUGUCGGAACUGGAGGAAGCGGAUCUGGUGGUCGGAUCGCAAUCUACCACACAAGCAACGUCACUCAUGAUUUCUUUCAGGGAGCUUUCAACAUACAUGGCGGCACAGUCAGAGCGCCAGCAGAAUCCGGGGCUUCUGGAACAGCGUACCUCAAGCACAUGGACACUGAUCAUGAAACGCUUAUUGUUGACAACAAUGGACGUAGCCCCAUAGAUGACCAAGUUGAAAACAUUGGAAGACGGCUGGAUCUCACAAAUCCUAAUGCUAACCACAGAACUAAUAGUUUCACGUCUUCAUCUGGAAUUACAAUUACAACCAGCAGAUCCCCAUACAAUAACGUAUACUAUCCACACUAUUACUGGCUUCAAUAUCUGUUUGAUCAAACUUUUAAUUCUGGUCAUACAAAUUACUAUUUAGCAUCAUCGUCAACUGCUACAUUGACUGUUGAUUUUAGUAUCGUUAAGUUCAUCAAUGUUUUGCGGAUUUAUCCAGUCUGCAGAUAUCCAUCUAAAUUCCGAGUGCGAGCAGAACAUCUUGGUGAUACGAGUUAUCUAACUAGCGAUUAUAUACAGCCAAGUUUAAAGUGCAAAUACGGGAUGUACCUAGAAUUGCCAGUACGCCGUAACAUUAAUAAGGUGAUAGUGGAAUUGGUGGCUACAAAUACGUAUGCAGGGUUAUCUGAAAUUGAGAUAUUUGAAGAUGGUACAUAUGGAUAUGACAGAUAUAAGUUCCGUGAGCUGGAUAGUGCUAGAACUUGGAUAGAACCAGAAACAGGAACCAAAGAAUACAAGUUCGAUCAACUUAGUAUAACUGGUGGUGCGCAUCUUGCAAUAAUGCCAUUGGGGAAUUUGUAUGAUAAUGUUGAUGUAGAAAUUGGAGAACUGAUAGGUGACACCACAGGUUUCAUCCACAUUGGUUAUGCUCAGUCAUUGUAUAUAGAUGUCACUCAUCCUGAUGUACCAUUUAGUAGUCGUAUUUAUGAGUCUGGUCAUCUCCAUCAACCGAAGAGGGCGUUCUUUAAAGGUGUUUCAAUGAAAGCGUCUGGAAAGGUAACUGGGAUAGAAGAUGUUUUCGUUUUUGAUGGUGGGUAUGUCUUCGUAGACACAAACGCCAGUUUUGGAAUCAACAACUCCGAUACGCAGUUUCAUAUGUCAACACUUCACGUGCAAGAUGGCGGUACCUUUGAAAUGUAUGCGUACGAUAAACAUAUUGGUAUGAGUAUUGACGUCCAAAACUUUACGGUAUAUGGAGGAGGCCAUUUCAAGUCAAACGACCGUCUUACUGUAAAUGUUUCACAUUUGAUGGCUGUCUACUCCGGUGGGAAGAUUACGCUAGACCAUGGUGGUUAUGAGACUGUUGAAAACAGGGGGUUAGGAUUUAACCCAAAUGAAGGCCCAGGACAAGGAUAUGGUGCUACCUCGGGAGGGAGCGGUGGUGGACAUGGCGGUAGUGGUGGAAGAGGGAGUGGACAGUCCUCUGUUGGCUUGGCGUACGGUUCUAUAUAUGAACCUGUUGAUUACGGAAGUAACGGAGGCUAUGGUCAAAAUUACGGACAACUCUAUUUUGGAGAGGAACAAUAUGGAAAUGCAUAUAUCCGUAGAGAUAUUGGAGGACGAGGAGGCGGCGCCCUUCAUGCAACUGCACGUCACAUGAUACUCGAUGGUAGAAUAUCAGCGAAUGGUGAAGAUGCUGACAGUCAAUAUUCUGGUGGUGGGUCAGGUGGAUCAAUUUGGAUAGAAUGUGAGGAAUUUGAUGGUUAUGGCAUAAUUUCUGCGAUUGGAGGUGAUACUAAUGCCGGUGGUGGCGGCGGCGGGGGAGGCCGGAUAGCUGUAAGUUACCAUGACAAGAAAAAUUGGAAUGGAACUAUCUUUGCGCAUGGAGGUAAUAGCAAUACUGAAGUCGGUGGAUCUGGAACAAUUUACUUACAAAAGUACCACUUUGAGAGUAAAGUACCAAUCCAUCGAAUACUCAAGAUCAACAAUAAUGGACUACCCUAUCCAAAGUCUCCUGACAAAAGUGAACCACUUCGACAUCUACUGGAUGGAAAAUAUGAAGACAUCAGUAAAGCCGGUGGAAUUACGUGGUUAUGGCAUAACUCAAAUGACUACUACUUUGACGAGUUCCAUCUGCACGGAAAUUCGCACGUAGCUGUCCUUAGCAACACAACAUCAGACAAUGUAGAAUGUCGUGGUGGCGGUUUUUACGGUGACAGAAGUGGGGUCAUUCACAUUGGACAAAACCAGACUGUGUCAUUUAAAUUUGUUGACAUAUAUUUUGCUGCCAAUGUAUUCCUGUACAGAUAUGGUCAAUUUGAACUGCCACCAAGACUAAGCUUGCGUGACGUCUGGAUGGAGAUAAAUGGAACUCUUGCAGAUAUCGAAGAUUUCAAUGUAGACUCUGGUGGAGAACUUUAUUGGUGGUCAUAUGGAAGAUCUCGAGACCAACCAACCGGUACAUUCCAUGCAGUUAAUAUGACAGUGCGAGCGAAUGGAAAAUUUGAGCUUCUGACUGUAGAUGGUGGUAAUAUGAUGACGUUAAAUCUGACAGAUUUUCAAGUGAAAGGAAGUGGUUACGUGAGGACGAAUCAACUGCAUCUCAUAGCAACCAACUUAACAGUUGAUGUUGCAGGUGAUAUGCAUGCUGAUUUCGGUGGGCAUUCUCCUGGUGCUGGUUCAGGUAGUGGCAUGGCUAAAUCAGGUAGCCUAGAGUCAGGUAGUGGUGGUGCACACGGUGGCCGUGGAGGUACAACAUUAAAUGGAAUUUACUCCUCAUUUGCUUAUGGAUCACUUUACGAACCAAUUACAAUGGGAAGUGGAGGUGGUUAUGGAGGUUCUGGAACAGCUGGAAAUGGAGGCGGCACAAUGCUACUUGAGAUAUCUGAUGAUAUGCGAAUAGAGGGCAGUCUCCAUGUUAACGGUAGAGAUGGAUCUGGUAAAACUGGAGGCGGGGCCGGUGGAAGUAUCUUAGCUUAUGUAGGACAUCUUGAUGGAAGUGGAAUAAUACAGGUUAAUGGUGGCUCAGGCUAUUCAUCCGCUGGUGGUGGUGCAGGUGGUCGAAUGGCUAUAUAUUCUAAGCGAGAAAACAACUUCAAUGGUGAAUAUCAAUCUUAUGGUGGCUUUAGCAAUGGCAAAGUAAAAGCUGGUGCAGGAACUGUGUUUCUUGAGGAUUUAUCCAACCCCGAGCAAUUUAAGAGGAAACUAUUUAUUGAUAACGGCGUGAUUAAUGACUCCAACAAACCAUCUCGAUUUGAAAAAUAUUCAGUUUUAAAUAUGAAAGGAAAUAACAUCGGUUAUACUUCAAGAACAUAUACAACAUACUCCGGUGUAACUGCCUCUACUACCGGUACACCGUAUUAUUAUUAUAAUAAUAAUGAAUGUAAUUUUAAAAACGUCUUUUCUGGAAGUAGUUCUUACUAUUGUACAAACAAUAACGCUCCUACCAUCAACAUUCAAUUGCCAUUUAAGCUGUAUGUACAUGCAUUACGAAUUGAUCCUGUCUGCGGUAGAACGACAUCUUACAAAGUCUCAAGUCUGGUCGCAGGUGAUACUGUGGUUCACACACCUGGUUUCGUUGAUACAACUGGCUGCCAAUCUGAUAUUGGUGACGGCAGACAAUUGUACGGUGUGACAUUUAUUGAUCGAUACAUUGACACGAUAAAAGUGGACCUUUCUUCACCUCAUAUGGUAUAUCUCAAUGAAUUAACCAUCUGGAUUAAAGAAUCACCUGAGGAAUCCAACCAAAUGUCGUAUACAUCAUUAUCAGAAUCUGUCAUCGUUGCUGAAGAGGAGGAAAUGCACAAUUUUGAGUUUGAAGAGAUUGAAAUUCGCGGAGGAGGAUCACUCGGAGUUACUUCUAAUACAUCAAGUUUAAGAGUACAUUCCAUCAAGGGCGAUGCACAUGGUUGGUUGACGAUUCGGAACUCCCAGAUUUUUGAAGCAACUAUGGAACGAGCCUUACUUCCAUUUUCGAUACUUACAUACCCUGAUUCUGAUAUUACUCUACCUACAGUACUUGAUUGCAAGAGAGUUGACUUAAUCAUUCAUGGAGGACUUCAUGAUGUGGAACGACUUACUAUCAGCACUGAAUGCCAAGUAACUUUAGAACAUGAACAUGACAUUCGAUUUAACAUCAAUCACCUUGAUGUUAAAACUUUUGGUGAUCUCUAUAUUAAUCAUAAUAGUUAUGGUGAGACAUUGAUUACAGGCACAACGCUGAACAUUCGUAGCGGUGCUAAGUUGUUAUCUAGUGACCUCAGCCUGCAUUUUACCAACGUCAGUAUUGAGCCAGCAGCUCUUGUAACAACGAAACGAAAUUCUGUAACACAGAAGUUGAUACGUGCUCAUGGAAAUGGAUUGGGAUCUGGUGUGGGAUCCUCAGGUAGUAGCUGCAGUGGUUCAGGAGCAGGCUACGGCAGUAAUGGUGGCCAAAGUGAAGUCCAACCAAGAGUCGGUAUCACACAUGGCUCGUUUCUGACACCGAAUGAUAUUGGUUCCGACGGCGGCUAUUGUAAAUUUCCAUAUCGCGGUGGCUUUGGAGCUGGAAGAAUCUACGUCAACGUCACUGAUACAAUUGUUAUUGAUGGAUUGAUAGAUGCAACAGGUGAUGCUUGGAGAUCUCCGCGCAGUGGUGGCGGUAGCGGUGGAAGUGUAUGGAUUGAAGCAGCAGUUCUCCAUGGAGAUGGAAUUGUAGAUGCCUCUGGCGGGGAUGGACAUGGUCAAUAUGGCGGAGGUGGAGCCGGUGGAAGGAUUGCAAUAUAUUAUGGAAAUAAUCAUUUUAUUGGUGAUUUCAUAGCUGCAGGUGGAGAACAUGGGUAUGAAACAGGUGGACCUGGUACUGUUUAUCUUCAUAAACUUCAAGUAAUGAAUGGUUCACGUUUACUAGAUGCAACCAGCAAAGAGGGUCAGAUAACUCACGACUCAAAUGUGACAGAGCCACUUACUAACAGGACGCUGUAUAUCAACAACCUUGGUCGUAAGCCAAGAGCAAAAGCGAAGAAUUUAACAGACAACUACUCUGAUUAUUCCUUAGCAGCCGCGAUCACGUGGUUGAUCCCAGUUGAAAGAUCAGAAUUGGAUUUGUCAAGGAAUGAUUGGAGUCAUAACUUUACUGAAGACAUCAUUAUAGAUGAGCUCCACGUGUAUGGUGCGGCACAGGUGGCAUUCAUUGAUCCGCAGAAUCCAUCUGGAUUCAUGGAUAUCAGAAUUGGUACCGCUAGAGGAGAUCGCACUGGACGUCUGAACAUUGGCUUCAACCAAUCCUUGUACAUGGCAAAUGCUUUCCUACCAAUGAAUGUUGAUGUGUACCGCGGAGGUGUGGCUACACUACAAGGAGAACUUGAAGCGGCAGGUGUGACGAUCAAUGUGGAAGGGGUUUUAGAAAAUGCUGAAAACAUCACUGUCAGUGACGGAGGAACUGUUUACAUGCAUGAGAUGGUUAUGCUCGAUGGCACACACACUGAAACACUCGAUUUCAACGUUAUUCAUAUUAGAAAUAAUGGAAACCUGAUCACUAAAAAUGGUCGGGACCGCAGAACACUCAGAGGCAACUAUAUCCAGGUUUAUGGAGGCGGAACUCUCUCCUCAAUUAAUCUUCACUUGGAGGUUGGUCAUGUGAUUGUUGAUACUAAAGGACGCAUUUCAGCAGACUUUGAAGGAUUUCCAGUUGGAGACAGGUAUGGGGGACGUGGUGGCGGUUAUAAAUAUGGAUCUUAUGGAAGCGGUGGCACUCAUGGUGGUAGUGGAGGUUGUCAGAACUCCAAUCAACUUUCACCAUCAGCAUAUGGUUCAUUUACAGCACCAGUCGAGUUUGGUAGCGGUGGUGGUGGUGAUCCAAAUGUCCAGUGUAGUGGAGGAGGCAUAAUUUCGAUGAACGUAACUUCCGCUUUACAAAUUGAGGGAACAGUCAGUGUCAAUGGACAGGAUGCAUCCUCUGGAAAUGGCGGAGGAGGGAGUGGAGGAAGUAUUCUGGUUAUUGCAAAGAAAUUGGAAGGUUCUGGAAAAUUAGAGACCAAUGGAGGAGAUGGUGGUGGUGGUGGCGGUGGUGGUGGUCGCAUGGCGUUGCACUAUGAAGAAAAUGAUUUUGAUGGAUCAUUCGUAGCCGAAGGUGGGGUCGGUGACUUUGAACAUGGAGCAGCAGGUACGAUCUACCUUAAGAAUACCGGUGACGUAAUUCAUAAGACGUUGAUGGUGUAUAAUCAUUUCCGUUCCGCCAAGAACCAGGCUCGUCGCACAUGGGUCACUUUGCCAGAGGUGUACGAUCCAGAUCAUGACAUCGAUUUAUUGGAUCUUGGGGGUUACGCACAUUUAGAAUUAGAGGCUGUUGACGAUAGUGGUUCUCCAAUCAAAGCCAACCCACCAGAAAGAAAUAUCAACAUAGCUGAUAUAAAGGGCGACUAUACAGGCACUGUUCACUGCGGCGAAUCCGAUAGGCUCACGAUAGCUUCUAAUGCAUCAGCUUUUAUACCCUUCAAUGUCAUGGUGUAUGAGAAUGGAAGUAUUUCUUUACCCGAACACAGUUUUCUGCAAACUGUAGAUGUUACCCUGUUUUCUGGUGACGUCAUUGGUGUUAGAGACUUGGAGAUAUCGUAUGAUUCAACUCUAACAGUACAUCCUCUAUCGAAGAUCAAUACUGAUUCGCCAAGUAACAUCCAACUGCGGUCACUUGAAAUCCUAAGUGGAGGCGUUGUUGAAUAUCUUGGAACACCCUACACAACACCAAGCAUGAUGAAAAUGAACAUUGAAGGUAGUUUUGCGAUAAGGGGAGGAGCUGAAUUGACAUCUUCGUCAAUUGAAAUUAGAUCUAAUGACAUAACAAUUGACCACGAGGCACUUCUUGACGUCAGUGGAGGUGGAUGGGGCCCAGGUGAUGGGGAUGCACCUGGAAUUUACAAUCCAUCUGGAAGUACUGGUGCUUCUCAUGGUGGUAUGGGUGGAAUGAGUGAGUUUGUAUCCCACUCCAAUCGUGCUUAUGGAAGCUUCAUGGAACCGUCAUCCUUUGGUAGCGGUUGUAGCAGUAAUGGAAAUGCUUGCAAUGGUGGUGGUGUUGCUGUACUGUUCGCACACGCGCACACACUUAUCGAUGGUCGAAUUCUGGCGAAUGGGAAGCAUGCUGAUGUUCUCAGAACAGGUGGUUCAAGUGGAGGAAGUAUUUGGAUUAGUACUGCGUCAUUUUCUGGUAAUGGUCUUAUGCAAGCAAUAGGUGGGGAUGCUACGUGUGUACCGUACUGUAACCGAUGCAACUCUGAACGACGUUGUACAGAGUGUAACAAUAGGAAGUACCUGAGAUCGGCUAAUUGUCUUACUAGGUGUUACCAUGCAACUAAAGAAAAACCUUGUUCAUAUGGGUCAUAUUGUUAUGAUAGAUGGUAUUACGGUGGUAUUGGGUACUACUGUGCCGACGAACAAGGACCGGGUUCCAAGGAAAUCGGCGGAGGCGGUUCUGGCGGUCGUGUUGCGAUACACACUAUUGAUUUUAAUCGCUUUGGUGGUACAAUCCAGGCAUUUGGCGGUCGUAGUGAUAUAGAGGUGGGAGGUCCAGGAACAGUUUACGUUUCAAAUAACAUAUCAGACACAAUCCUUACUAUUGACAACAAUGGAAGAAAGCCUACAAGAUCAUAUCUCUCUUCUGGCUAUGACGUCGCAAGUGAUAGUUCUCGUGCUUAUAUAGUAACUGGUUAUAGUGAUAUGAAUGACAGGUACAAUAUAGCAAAGCUACAGUUAAGAAAUGGAGCACAUCUCGCCUUUGAUCACAGAGGCCUUGAAGAGAAACUGUUUGAUGUUUCUUACAUUGAAGGAGAUGGCUCUGGAAUGUUGCACGUAGCUCCAAUGAUUUCUGUGUCUAUAGACAAUGGAAUGUCACCACUUCCUAUAGGAUUUAGGGUUUACGAGGAUUCUUCAUUAUCCAUUCCAAAAGUAACUCAACUAGGUGAUGUUGAUCUUUCAACAUAUUAUAUCGAAGGAGAACUGGGUGGAGUUAAGCAAUUAACAGUUGGCCAAGGUAUCAACAUGAUCAUAGGGGAACAUGGAAAAUCAUCUGGUUUGAUUGACAAGCAAUUUGCUCUUACACAUCUUGAUAUUCUAAGUGAUGGAGUGGUAUCUUCAUUUUACGCAUCAUCAAAGGAGUUUCAAAAUGAAGAGGAGGAUGAGAAUCGUUUCCCUUCACUAGACAUCAGUCUGGAGGAGUCUUUGCAGAUCCAUCCUGGUGGACGUAUUGAGGGUAAUUGGGUUAAAAUCAAUGCAACAAACGAGAUCGAUAUCGACCCAGCGGGAAUUAUUGACACAACCGGAAAAAGUCCUUACACUGCCAGUGACUCAUUGUCGAGUAGCCAAGGAGCCUCUGGUGGUGGUCAUGGAGGCAGCGGUGGUCGAGGAACUGGACUAAAUGUUGCUGGUGAACCGAGAGAUGACAUUUUUAACCCAGAUCAAUUUGGACGUGCUGGUGGUAGCAGCGGAAACUCGAAUGGAGGUUCUGGUGGCGGUAUAAUAAAUCUAGUAUCAAACGUGAUCAAGAUUGAUGGUAGCGUGCUGUCUAAUGCAGAUAACACAACAUGUGCAUCGUGCGGUGGAGGAAGUGGUGGAACCGUUUUGAUCCAUACCAACAAGUUGGAUGGACAGGGUGAAAUAUCAGCAACUGGGGGAUCGGUGGUAGCUUAUUCGUCACAAGCAAAAAGGGGAGGAGGGGGAGCUGGUGGUCGCAUAUCAAUUAAUUUAUAUAUCGAUAAAUUUACCGGCAUUUUCAGAAUCCGGGGAGGCUCCAGUUUUUUGGAACCAGGUGGUGCAGGAACAGUUGUCCUAAGUAAUGCUAAAACCGAAGAAAAUCGCAUGGUUGUUGACAAUGAAUUUAUAGGCUCACCACUUGAUGGAGAUAUAAAUUAUCCAGGUGUCAUUGGAGACCACUCUGGCCGUGAUACUGGUCGUACAUGGAUUCUGCCACCUAGAGAAGCAUUAGAGUAUGAAUUUGCUGUACUUGAUGUCAAGGGGGGUGCACACCUUGCACUCUACAAACAUACAGAAGACGAUACGCAGACUAUAAAUAUUAUAGAGAGCAAAGGAGAUUCUACAGGCAUGGUACAUAUAGGACCACUACAGGUGAUGCGAAUCGGUCUACCACCAUCAAACCCACGAUUGAUGUGGGGUUUGUUGUUGUACUCAAAGGGAGAGCUCGACAUGCCAGAGCAUCUGGAGAUUUUUGGAGUUACAGUAACUCUAGAGGGAGUGAUCAAAACAGUUCGUGACAUUAGCGUUGGUUUUGGUGGGAAGCUCAUAAUAAGCGGUUCUUAUUUAAAAGCUGAUAAACUCUCAAUUGAUGUCAACAAUUUUGUAAUCGAAGAAUUGGCAGUGAUGGACUUAAAUGAAGUGGAACACGAUGGUGGAAUUGGUGGAGGAACAAAUUCUGCUGGUUCUGGUCAUGGUGGUAUGGGAGGUAGAGGAGAUAACAAUCAUGGUGCCGGCCGUUUUUAUGGAAACUUAUUUCAUCCUGAUAUGUUUGGAUGUGGUACUGGAGACGAUGAACAUCGAGUGGGAGGAGGUGGUGUUCUACUGAUAAAAUCAACAUUGAUCCAAAUUGAUGGACUCAUACAAGCUGAUGGUGGUGAUGGAACUACUGGGCACGGAGGAGCUAGCGGUGGCAGCAUUCUCAUAUUAUGUUCCCAGCUUCAUGGGUCAGGUACUAUCCAAGCUAAUGGUGGCAAAGGUUCUCCCAAUAGUGGAGGAGGCGGCAGCGGAGGUCGGAUUGCUGUUUAUAAUCAUAACAGUACAUUUGAGGGACUUGUUACCUCUUUUGGGGGUAGUAGUUCAUCUUGGGAAGCUGGAGCAGCUGGAACGAUUUACAUUUCAUCAUCGUCUGACCCAGCCAGUUCAAAUCUCAUUAUUGACAACAAUGGGCAAUUUCCAAAUGAGAAUACCAUCGCAAAUUAUGACGACUUUAGUAUUCUUGGUGGAAUGACAUGGCUAUCAGUACCUGAUUUCACUGAAGAGGUUGAAGUGGGCAAGCUCACAAUCAGAGGAGGUGCUCACCUGGCAUUGGAACCUUCUGAUAAUACCAUCAAAGUUGAUAUCCUAGAACUCAGCGGAGAACUAGUGCAAGAUAGUUCCCGUUACGGAAGUCUUCAUGUUGGUCCUGGACAAACAAUCACAAUCACAAAAUCAAGGUACUACCUACCCGUCAAUCUUAAUGUGUACAGUGAAGGUGCUCUAUAUUUGCCAGAAAGAGUGAUGCUACACUCGACCACAAAUAUUAUAAGUGGAACCCUUGGUAUUACUAGUGAUAUCUCGAUCAGCUCCGGAAAGCUAAUAUUAAACAAAGACGCUAAGUUUCUUGAUAAAAGAAAUAGAGAAUUUGUUUUUGAAACCAUGAACAUACAGGCCGGAGGGUCAGUUGAAAUGACCAGUACAGACCUAAAAUAUAAUUUGCAUUUGGAAGAAUUUUCUGUUGCAUCGGGAGGAAGAAUUUAUGGACGAAACCUUGAAAUAGCUGCAGCAAAGAUAUAUAUAGCUGAAGGUGCAGAAAUUAAUCUUGAUUAUGCUGGUUCUAAAUUCAUAAAAGAUGGUAUAUAUUGCGGAGGAUCUGGUGGUAGUCAUGGAGGUGUUGGUGGCAAAGGGUCUAGCAGCAUUUGUACAAAUCCCUCUUAUGAUAACAUUGCAUCUCCUACAAUGUUUGGUCAGGCUGGAAGCUGUGAGUCUUGUAACGAUGGUGAUGCACCGGCCGGUGGCGGUGCUCUACACAUUGCGUGCAACAACCUAAACAAUAAAGGAAGAAUAUCGGCACGUGGGCAAGAUGCAUCUGCUAUACCACCUGCAGAACAAUCUGGAGGUGGAGCUGGUGGAAGUAUUUGGAUUGAAGUAACUGACACUUUCAUAAAUUCAGGUAACAUUGAUGCCAGUGGUGGAAAUGGGGAUAUGGAAGGGUCUAGUUACCGAGGUGGCGGUGGUGCUGGUGGUAUAAUAUCAAUUAAUAGUGUUCAGACCAUCAUGAGUGUAAAUCCAACGGCGUGCGGAGGCCAAGGGUAUGAAAACGGUGCUGCUGGAUUUGUAUACCAGAAAUCUGUUGCCAACGAAGAGGAAAAUACAAAGCUUGUCGUAAACAACUGUGACUUCAAAUCAUCCCAGUCGUCAACCCUUACGUUUGGCCCUGAUAUCGACUUCAUUAGCAUCAAGAGCCUAGAUAUUGCGCACGGUGGUUCAUUGGUUCUAAAUGAUCGAGCAAACUCAGAGAAUAUAUUGACAUUUUGUUAUGAAUUUGUAACAGGUGACAGGUCUGGUCAGUUAUAUAUUGGUAAUCGAAUACAUGCAUACAUUUUAAGUACAGAUUCGGUCUUUUGUACUAAUAUUCAGCACGCAGAUGAAAUAGAUCUGCCGAUAUCUAUAGAAAUAAACGAAUUAGCUCUUGUAAAAUUACCUCCUAAAGUAACUCUGCGCGACGGUGUCAGAAUAGAAGUUUGCGGAAGCCUUGCUGGAAUGGAUUCCGGAGAACUGAAUGUUUUCAAUGGAGGAGCAUUUGAAAUCAGCUAUCCGGCACAUUCUUAUGAAGAUGACAUAGGUACAUUUAGAAUUGGACAUCUGGGUAUAUUAUACCAAGGAAUAAUGAAAGGUUCACUAAUUUGCAGAAAUGAACACAACAGCCCAAUGGUCAUCGAUGCAGACACAUGGAAAAUAGGUUAUGGGUCACAAUUUACAAAUAACACAUUUGUGAUUUCACCCAAUACUAACCUUAUACUUCCAGCUGUUGAAGAUCCUUUAGAGAUUACGGACUGUUUGAAAAACAAAACUCUUCAUCUCAACGAGCAUCAGUCUUGCUAUUUAUCAAAUGAUGUUCAUAUAUAUGAUGAAAUAACAUUAGAUGCUGGAGCCGAGAUAAUUGUUAGGCAAGGUGACUGUACGAAUCACACAUUCUCUUUAUUUGUUGGAAAUUUAAGUUUAGAUUUUGGUGCUACAAUCAAUGCAAAAGGUAAAGGGCAACCUUCGACUGAGGUACAUGCCUCGCGCGGAGGUAGCCAUGGAGGACUGGGUGGAGGCCAAACAGAUUCCAACUACUUGUAUGGCAGUAUACCGCAACCAAUGGAGUGUGGUCAAGCAGGUAAUGGAGGGAAUGGAGGUGGACAGAUUAAGAUCAACGUUAUUGACACCUUUCACUUGGAUGGCGUGGUUGAUGCAGGCGGUGCUGAUUCACAUUCUACCGGAGGAGGCAGUGGAGGUAGUAUUUACAUCACAGCUCAUACAUUAACUGGACAUGGAAAACUUCAGUCUAUUGGGGGGUCAGGUCAGUCCAACUCAGGAGGCGGUGGUGGGCGAAUUGCUGUUCAUGUGUCGGAAAUGAAAACGUUCUUUGGUGAAAUGGAUGCUAAAGGAAGAGCUGGUGGAUCAGCUGGUACAAUUUUCAUUCAGGAAAAAUCCAAUACAGACACUCACACUAAGCUUAUAGUGAAUGGACCUUGUGAUCAGCCAACAGUGGUAUCAUCUUCAUUACUUGAAAACAUAACUGCCCUAAGUGAAAUGCACAUAAACGCAUCUGCGCAUAUAAAAAUUUCCACGGACCUGGAAGUAAACACUUUGUAUAGUGAUUCAUCUGGCGUAAUGGACAUCACAGGGGCAUCAGUAGUAUCAAUCACUGAGUUUGGUGACAGUGUAAGAGGAGCAAAAUGUAGUUUCAAUGUAAUGUCUGAUUGCACACUGCAUAUGCUUACAGACAUGGACCUUAUAAACGGGGGAGAAAUAUUAUCAUUAGUUGUUGAUGGCCUUCUUAGCAGUAGCAAAGUAUCAGUUGGUAAAAGUUGUUCGGCCAGAAUUGGAUCUACCGGUCAAAUUCAAGCAGAUUACAUUUAUUUAGGUGAUCAUGCCCGCAUGGAUGUAUCUCCCGGUGGAAGUAUUGGCCAAAUGGAAUCUCCUGGAGAAUUUCAAUUUGAAGAAGUGUUCUUGGCUGCUUCUUCGAUUUUGACAUUUAACGAUGAAGUAGUUAAAGUAGAAUGCAGUGCUUUAACUCUUUCGUAUGGAUCAUUGAUUCAAGGUGGAGAACGUCUUAAAAGAAUUCUGUUUAUGGUAAAUACAGCAAAAAUUGAAACGGGAGCAAAAAUAGAUGUUAACGAACGUGGAAAUGUGAGUGGAAUUGGAACGCCUGGCAACACUGCAUCAGGUGCUAGCUAUGGAGGUGUUGGAGGUGUAAUUUCAGGAGAACCAGGUACAGCAUAUGGCUCAUUGUCACUUCCAUCGGAUGUAGGAAGUGGCGUUGAAGGGUCAAGGGGUGGGGGUGUUUUACAGAUGUUUGUCAGUGGAGUGUUGACACUUGAUGGUGUAUUGACAGCAACAGGACAAGCUGCACAGUCUCUGUUAUCGGGAGGAGCAGCCGGUGGUAGUGUGUAUGUAAAAUGUUUCAGCAUAUAUGGUAAUGGAUAUAUCAGUGCCAAUGGAGGUGAUGCUUCUGAAAAUAGUGGUGGAGGAGGAAGUGGUGGGCGAAUUGCAAUCGAGUCAAACAAUAUCAAUGACUUUCAUGGUGUUUUGACAGCUAUUGGUGGAAAUGGAAAACAUGUUGGAGCUGCAGGAUCCAUUUAUACUCAAACAUAUGGUGUAGGAGCAGUAUUGGAAAUUGAAAUUACCGUAGAUAACAAUAACAGAUUUACUGAAUUUAAUACAAUACUACCGCUUGUAAACAACGAAAUUGACUUUAAACUCAAUUGUAUUAGACACGGAAGAGUGGAAUUUCUGACUAAUACUAAUCAGCUUGUUACAAUAACCGAUUUGAUAGGUGACAGAACUGGUUUUAUUUUGGUAAAAUCUAAUCAAGUUUUAUCAAUUGCUGAGGAUAAAGGAGCGGUCGAACCGUAUUCUAUGACAACAGCGUUGUAUGUAGAAAAGAGUGGUCAAGUAAACCUUGCUGGUAGUGUCAACUUCCAGUCAAUCACGCCAGAUCAAGUUUCUCUUCAUCUUAUGGGUGUAUUGCAUGGUGUAACUAAUUUUAGAAUUGGAACAAAUUCAAAGGUUAUUAUAACAAAUGAUGCAAGUACAGCAGGUAAACGAUUCAAAGAUCCUUCUGGUGAAUUUACAUUUGAUGAACUUCAUGUCUACGGAUCUGGAUCAUUAAAAUUAUUCAACAAUGGUACAAAGAUAACUCUAAAUAUUCUGAAGGUUAUUCACCUUCGAUAUAUGGCUAUAUUGCAAUCAGAUUGGCUACAACUGGAUGCAGAAAGUGUAGAGAUUGAUUUCGGUGGAAGUUUGACUAGUGACGGUGGAGGUUACACAUCUAACAAUGGACCUGGUCGUGGACAAUGGGAAUCAGGCAGUGGUUCUGGUGGAAGCUAUGGAGGUUGCGGAGGAAAAGGAAAAUCUGGUGUGGAACCAUCAACCUGUUCAUAUGGAAGUCUGUAUAACAUAUACGAACGAGGUAGUGGUGGCGGUAGUCAAGAUGGAACAUCUGGAGGUGCCGGUGGUGGUAUAAUUACACUUCAUGUCGGUAAUCUUCGGGUAGAUGGUACGAUCAGUUCUAGUGGAACAAAUGGUAUAAAUUAUUCAGGUGGUGGAAGUGGUGGAUCUGUCAUUCUCAAUAUCAAGUAUUCAUUCAUUGGAUCAGGAUAUAUCAAUGUGGUAGGUGGAGACGGUGGUAUCAGUGGAGGUGGAGCCGGAGGAGGUGGACGUAUAGUUACCCAGGAGGAAUCCACGUCACUUUUCAUUGGGUCAUUUUUGGUUCAUGGUGGAUCGAAUCAUCAAAGCCAAAGUCAUCCAGGUGGAUCCGGAACAUAUUACAAAAUUGAGAUUAUCGAUCGUUUGAAGUCAACUUCGCUUUUCAUAGAUAAUUCCAAAAUAAAUCAGGAUGGUGAAAUUCCUACCACACUUCUUAAUGAGACUGAAAUUCUUGAACACGAAUUUGAUGAACUUCAUGUCAAAGGUUACCUUCAUUUACAAGUAUCAGGUGAAAACGUAACUGUCAUUGCUAAUCGGUUAUAUUGUGAUAAGGAUAGUGUUAUUUUGAUCCAUGAUACUAUGAAACUUGGAGUGAACGAGCAGUUGAAUGAAACCAUUAUAAGAUGUAGUAUUCAUUUGGAACAGUACGGAGAAUUACGUCUCCCACCAACAGUUACUUUCACUGGACCAAAUAACAAUCUGUCAGGCAUUCUUACAAAUAUAUUUAAUCUUAUAAUCGGUGCAAACCAGAAAGUAACACUCUCUCCAUUUGGAAGAACAUCUCUGAACAUUGGUGGAAGCUAUCGUGUCUCUGCACCAGGCGCUUAUAAAUUCGCAAGUCUACUUGUUGAAACCAAUGGAUGGCUGACAUUACCCAAACCACCAGACAAUCAAACAGACCCAUUGUCAAUUGAUGUCUUGGAGUUAGAAUAUGGCGCAAGCUUUAUAGCAAGCACUCUUCGAAUGGAAUGCAAUGACAUUCUAAUCAAUCCUGGUGGGGUAUUGAAUCUAAUAGGUGGAGGCGAAAUAGCUGAUAAAGGAAAAGGUGCAGGAAGUCAGUCUGGAGUUAGAGGUACUGGAGCUGGUUAUGGUGGUUAUGGAGGUUACUCGAAGAUCGAUGGCAAUCAGGGUGGCGUAUGGUACGGAUCAACUGAAUACCCAACUCUUUCAGGCAGUGGUGGUGGUACUGGAUCUACAGGUUCCGGAGGUGCGGGUGGAGGUUAUCUUCAUCUAACAAUUAUCGGCAAUCUUCUGUUACAAGGAACCGUUGUCGUUGAUGGAGCUGAAGGUACAGAAGACAGUGGCGGUGGAAGUGGAGGAGGAGUGUAUAUUGCAGCUGCUGAUAUCAAAGGAACUGGUAGAUUGUCCGCCAACGGCGGUGGUAGUUCUGGAAAUGGUGGAGGCGGUGCUGGUGGACGAAUAGCACUUCAUGUUCAAGAUGAGUUGGGAUUUCAUGGAGAUAUUAUGUCUUACGGGAGUGGCCCAGACGAUACCACCGAUGUAGUGGGAGCAUCAGGCUCUGUCUACAUUAAAACAAAACUGGCAGGAAUUCCUGAACAUCGUGUGAUCAUCGACGGUGGAAGAGCCGGCUCUUGUCCGACAUUAUCAGCGACAGUUUUAACAUCGAAAUUUCAAGACUUCAACUUUGAUAAGGUUUCAGUUAAAGGAUGUGGAUCACUUCAGUUUAACGGAAGCCAUAUUGAUAUUCACAUAAGCGAACUUGCUGGUGACAAGACUGGUAUGAUAUAUGCAAAUCAGAUGCAGACCGCGUAUUUAGGAGACUUUGAAGAUGUAAUGGCUCACCUUUUAACGAAGGUUAACAUACAUGUGGACAGUACAGCAACUGUAAUCUUCCCGUAUUCUCUCGUCAUAGAUGGCACAACUAUUCAAAUCGAGGGCAGGUUUGUAGCUGAAAUGGUAUCAAUAGAAGAAAACGGAUUGUUAAAGCUUCACAAUAUAACAACAGCUGGGAGAUUAACUAAGGAAGGAUUUACCGCCAUUGGUGUUCCUGGUUCAUUCUUAUUUUCUAACUUAGUACUUAAGCGAGGAUCCCAACUGGAGAUAGUAAGUACAGGUUUAAAACUUACUACUGACCUGCUUGAUAUCAAAGGCGGAGUAACUUUGGCAUAUGAAUUCGUAAAUAUUACGUCACAAACGUUCAUUCUUGAGAGAAAUGCGGCAAUUGAUGUCACUGGUAUGGCUGCUGAAAACCCCACUCACCCAAGUGCGGGAGUUAACAAUGGUGGUGGUGGUCAUGGUGGACCUGGGGGUGUGGGCUCAGGAGUAAAUCCACCAGCCCCUUCUUUUGGAUCGAUCUACAAUCCUAUUUUUCCGGGAACAAGCGGUAGCUUAGGUGCAAGGGGUGGCUCAUCUAUAUAUAUAUCCGGAAAUUUAUUGAAGAUAGAUGGAUACAUGCUUGCUAAUGGAGAAUCUGUGGAUUCUGGUGGAGCUGGUAGUGGAGGAAGUAUCAUGGUCAUCUGUUACAAGGAACUCCGUGGCACUGGUUUGUUAACAGCUAAUGGAGGGUCUGGUAGCCAAGGUUCAGGCAGUGGAGGUGGUGGGAGGAUCGCAAGCUAUAUUCAUGGAAUCAACAUGUUUAGAGGUCGAUAUGAGGCUGCAGGCGGAAGCGGAACUGGAAGUGGUCCAGGAGGACCUGGUUCAGUCUACAUAAAAACGAAAAUAUCGAACAGUACUACAUGGUAUGAAAAACUAAUUAUUGAUAAUGAAAACCUGCAGACUGUACACUAUUUUACACUUGCAGAAGAAUGGGAAGAUGGCUUUAUAGACGAGAUUGAUCUCAGUAACAAUGUAAUGUUCCAUAUAGAGGUCAAAGGUAACAUUAACACAACAUUCGACAUAAGAAAGGUUGUUGGUGAUGGAACUGGUUUAGUGCACAUUCAUCGGCAACAGACCUUAACUGUUGAGCGUCAGGGGGGAGGGAAUAAUACAGCUAGUAAGACUUAUAUCAACAUCAUGGUUGACGAAGGUGGAACGUUAAUAAUGUCUUCAAAGACACAACUUCUUGGCAUUGGAAACGCACAUAGGGCAUUGGAUCUCUCUGGAAAGCUAGUUGGAGUAAUUGAACUGAUACUUGCAGAAGAUAGGAUUAUGAAAGUUAGCCAAACUGCACAAACAGUUGAGUUUUCAGACACAGGUAACGCAUCAUUUUCAAACAAAGGAGAGUUCACGUUUGGCUCUGUACAAAUGUUUAGUGGGAGUCAAUGGAUAUUUGCCGACAACAUGGGGAGCUCUAUUAACAUUGGUCGUUUAAUGGUUAAAUUUUAUUCAACCAUUUAUGCAGAUUUUUAUAAAGGAACGUUUUCAACAUUGGAUAUUGAGCUCGGUGGCUUAGUGACAUGUACCGGUGAUGCAAGAAUAAAUUCAAAUAAUAUUGACAUCACUACAGGUAGUGGUGCGUACAAUGCAAACGGAGAUGCUGGAGCAGGGCAUGGCAGUUUUGGUGGAAAGGAUUCAACUGGUGCUUCCGGAGGAAUACCAUAUGGAUCUGUUUAUAAACCCAUUAAUAAAGGAAGUCGAGGAAGUGAUGAUAGCGGUGGUAGGGGUGGCGGUACCAUGUACGUUGAAGCUAGUUCGAUCAUCUUAGAUGGGGAAAUAUCAGUCUCUGCCGGAAGCUCGAUAGAUGACAAUCGCAGCGGAGGAAGCGGCGGAAGCAUAUUGAUUUUUUCUACUGAAAUGAAAGGAUAUGGAACAUGUUCUGCUAAUGGUGGAAAUGGAAAAGGCAGAGGUGGUGGUGGAUCAGGUGGAAGGAUCGCCGUGUACACAAACAUAACCAAUGCAUUUAAAGGAACGUUUAUAAGUAUCGGUGGUGAAGGCGCCCAUGCGAAUCCUGGUGGCUCAGGCACAGUAUUUCUGCAAGAACCACACAACUCCGCCAUCUACAAACGAUUGCUCAUUGACAACAGAAAUAGAGAUAUCUUCCAAUAUGUAACAUUAGAUGAAACAAAUACAGACUUUUAUGAAUUUGAUGAGGUGCAUUUGCCACGGAAAUCGUCGCUACAUCUAUCAGAAGCCUCCAACAAGAAAGAGUUAAUUAUACAUAAAGUUUACGGCGAUCGUAGUGGAUUACUACAUGUGCAUUUUAAUCACUCAUUCACAAUCGAAGUGAUUGAAUCAGUCCCUACAGUUAGUAAACCGCCUGUUAAUUUCAUCGUUGAUGAAAAUUCUGAAAUUGUAUUUCCGUCAACACUCUAUGUUAUUGGACAAGGGCUUGAUUCAAAUGACGUUUCAUUUGACCUCAAUGGACGUUUGACUAAUGUCGCACAUUUAUUUAUAAAUCAACAGUCUACAGUUCAAUUUAUGGAGUAUGCACAUACAGCCAUGUUUAGAAAUGGAAAAUAUAAUCUAAUUGAUGAGCCUGGUGAAUUUACAUUUGCCACACUACAAUUACUCAGUGAAUCAGCAAUGAAGUUUUCCCCAGAUGUUGGUAUGAAAUGUAGUGUUACUGAAAUCGACGCUAAAUACGCUGCUGUUAUAUCUGCCGAAUAUAUUGAAAUUCUUACAUCAAGAAUAAACCUUGAGGAAGGAGCAAUUCUGACAUGCUCUGCCGAGGACAGACCCAUGGAUAGUCUUUCUGCAACCUUCGGUAAAGGAACCGAUGGAGCUGUGGGUGCGGGUGCUGGACAUGCCAGCAAGGGAGGAGAUGGAUACGCAUCAUCUAACAUUAUUACUGGUGGCCUCUAUUAUGGUUCGUAUAAAGCAACAGCAACUAGGGGUAGUGAUGGAGGACGUGGAUCAUCGGAUACAGUUGGUGAAGGAGGAGGAUACGUUAAUAUGACUGUAGCAGGAAAAUUCCACUUAGAUGGCAUGAUCAAAGCAGAUGGCUCUCGGGAUACAAAUGGUAAUGGAGGUGGAGGAAGUGGUGGUGGAAUAUCUGUGUCAGCAGUAGAAAUGGAAGGUCAUGGAACUAUUACCUCUCAUGGAGGUGAUGGCAAUGAGAACGGCUCCGGUGGUGGUUCAGGUGGGCGUAUAAGUAUCAUCACGGAAUUAAUCAAUCAUUUUGAAGGUGAAUACAAAGCAUACGGAGGAACAAGUGGCCCAAAUGGAGUUGAAACAUCUGCUGGUGGGCCAGGCACAGUUUAUCUUCAAGAUACACGAACUUAUAAACAAUAUACUCAGUUAUUAGUAGAUAAUCAGCGACGCUCAUGGGAUAUAUACCACACUGUUGAUGAAGCUGGAGUAACCGAAUAUGAGUUUGAUGAAGUUCAUCUCACAAAAAAUGCUUCAUUGCAGAUCACUAAUAACAUGAAAGCAGUAUCAAUGGUCAUCCAUCAUCUUCAUGGUGACCUUUCCGGACGAAUACAUAUGCAUGCAAACCAGACAUAUGUAAUCGAAGUUCAAGAAACAAGGAAAACUGUCUUAAAGGCACCGGUAAAUUUUAAAAUAGAUCCUGGAGCUAUAGCCAAUUUAGCAACAACUGUGGACAUCAUUGGAAGAGGUGUUCCUGCUUUUUACUGGAACGGACAGCUUCUAGGGGUACAUAAUCUUCGAAUUGCUUACGAACGAGAAAUAAUCAUUGGUACGUAUGCACACACUGCCUUAGUUGUUUCAGAAAACGUGGAAACAGAAGAACCAGGGACAUUUAAAUUCUCCGACCUUGAAUUUGGAUCCGAUUCGAGUGUUUCAUUCCCACCACCCAUUGGUAUCAAAUUCCAAGUAGGAUACUUGGAUAUGAAGUCAAAUUCAGAAUUCUCGGCUGAAUUCUUUGAAAUUUACGCAACUGAUUUUUACUUGGAACCUGGUGCUCAUCUAAAUUGUCAAGGAAGAGGUCCUGUUGGUAGUUUUCUUGGAACAGCUGACCAUCCAGGUUCUGGUGCUGGGCAUGCUUCCAUUGGUGGAACAGAUCGACUUGGACAGAUUGGUGGAAAGUCAUAUGGUUCAAUUUAUCGACCAAUUCUUGGUGGCAGCUGUGGUGGCAGCGGUAAUGGUGCGAGGGGAGGAGGUAGAAUACGGAUAGUAGUGGGAGCAAUUCUGGAUCUUGAUGGAAGAAUUAACGCCAAUGCAAAUCACGCAACCGCUAACAAUAUUGGAGGCGCCAGUGGAGGAUCCAUUUGGAUAACAACAGCCCAUAUUCGUGGACAUGGUAAUGUUGAAGCUAUAGGAGGUAGUGGUAAAGGUGCUGCUGGCGGGUCUGGUGGACGUAUCUCCAUUCACAUCAAUACAAAAGAUGAAUAUCGUGGGGACCUAAACGCACUUGGAGCUGCUGGACAAUCAACAGCAUCUGGCGGUGGUACUGGUACCAUCUACGUGGAAGAAAAAAGGAAUAACACCCUCUAUCGCAGAUUGUAUUUAGAUGAAAUAAAUAAUGCCUAUCCUUGGCCUUUUAUUCUGAAUGAAGUUAACCCGUCCACUAUGAGCGAAGAAAUCCGUGAACCAAACUUCGCCGAUUUUGCAUUUGAAGAGCUGACGUUGCAAAAUAAUGUAACAUUUGAAAUUACCGGGAACAGAUCUGUGUCCAUUGGUAAUGUCCUUGGUGACAGGUCUAGUCUGUUCAACAUACAGAAGGAUCAGACUUUUUAUAUAGAAUAUUCCCAAGACGUGAACAGACGAUCCGUUCCUCCAGUAAACUUUCACGUUAACCAGCAAGGUGAUGUAUAUCUUCCUGCAGACUUCCGGAUAAUUGGGAACAAAGAUCCACCAUUCAUUCUAAAUGGACGAAUGACUGGUGUUUAUAACCUCACCGUGGCUGAUGGUAAAGAGUUAGUAAUAGGUCCGAAUGCAACUACUAUACAAAUCAACAAUGGCUCGUACACAUCCGAGCCAGAGGAAGGCAAGCUACAACUAGGGGUUAUAAAACUUGAAGCAGAGUCAACUCUUACAUAUCCAGAGCACAUGUCAUUAGAAAUUAGUGAAAUAGUUCUUCGCUAUAAGUCAUUGGUUGCUGCAAAAUCAAUAAAUAUCUUGGCCAGCAAUAUUCAUAUCGAGGGUGAGGCUCGGUUUCAAACAAGUGGGCGAGGCCCUAUUGGUGGAGAAGGUGAACAACCUGGUAAAUACAUAGAUGGAUGUGGUACUGGUGCUGGUCAUGGCGGUUUUGGUGGUGGUUCAGACAUCAAUGACACGAAAAUAGGAUACUCUUACGGCUCAUACACCAGGCCUAUCCAUGUUGGUAGCGGAGGCGGUGGAACAGAUGGUGGCAGAGGUGGUAGCCUUGUAACUAUUACAGUCGGAAAUUCUCUCCAUGUUGACGGUGAAAUUUUAAACGAAGGUGGAGAUGGUAGUGGCGGUAAUAGUGGAGGUGGAAGUGGUGGAGGUGUUUAUAUUAAAACACUGUUGUUCUCCGGUCACGGCCGAAUAUCAGUCAACGGAGGAGGUGGUAAUAAUCAAGGAUAUGGAGGAUCUGGUGGUCGCAUUGCUGUUCAUGUUGCGUGGCUUAGAGAAUAUUCUGGUGAACUAACAUCUUUCGGCGGUAUUGGAGGCUCUGGUAAUGGAUCUUGUGGAACAGUCUAUUAUACAGACACAAAUAAUGGACUGAGAUUUAGAAAAGCCACAAAGAACGAAUUCAACGAAACCAUGUGGAUCGAUGGAUUUAGGAAACUGUAUCUCAAUAACCUGAACAGAAAUCAUGACCUACCUACUGUAAUCAUGAAUGAAAAUGGUACAUAUUUUGAAAUGGAAGAGCUUGAGAUGCACAACAGUGUGGUUUUAUGGCUUCACGAGGGCAUUGCCACUUUAGUAGUCCAUCGAUUUAUUGGUGAUAAAACGGGUCAAGUGCAUUUACGCAGUGGCCAACGAAUGUACUGUGAGUAUCUGGAAUCACAGUCUGGCUUUACUAUAGCCCCUGUGAGCUACAGAGUUGACGUUGGAUCGGAAAUUAUCUUUCCAUCAAGACUUUUUCUUCUUGGAACAAGAACAUACAUUGACGGAUUGAUUACUGGAGUUUUAGAUUUAUAUGUCGCACAAGGAGCAAGCGUGGUGUUUUCUUCAACUUCACAAACUGCUUUAAUCUCCAAUGGCACAUAUUUUGAAAUGACAACACCUGGAAAUAUCUCCUUUAGCAUCCUUACCAUUCAGAAAGAUUCGUUCAUGGAACUACAGAAAAUUACAGAAGACCUAACUAUAACUUGUAGUUUAAUGAUAAUUAAAUACCAUGGUCAAGUUGACAUGAAUCAUGGGAACAUUGAGACGGGAGAUGCGAUAUUAGAAAGUCAGGGAGUGUUAAAUUUGAACUACACAGGAUACAAAGCUGAAACUGGUCCUGGAAGAGGCUUCUCUUCAGGAAAAUUUGGAUAUGGCGCUGGUCAUGGAGGUGAUGGUGGAGCUCCUCAUCCCGAAACUGGUGGCAAUGCAUAUGGGUCUUUGUAUUCGCCUUCACACUUUGGCAGUGGGGGAGGAAAUGGAACUGGAACCGGCGGUAACGGUGGCGGUAAACUUUACUGGGUGAAUGGUAAACUAUUCACCAUAGACGGAAUUAUUUGUCUUCAAGGUCAAGAUGGUAAUGGUAGUGGAGCCGGUGGUGGAAGUGGUGGUAGUUUGUUAUUGGAAACCACUAAUUUUACGGGGCAUGGGGAGAUCAAUGUAAAUGGUGGUAACGGGAUUAGUGAUGGCUUUGGUGGCGCUGGUGGAAGAAUUGCUGUACAUGUAAAACAUAGAUUUACAUUUGGCGGUCAUUUUAAGUCAAAGGGUGGAUCGAGUGUUACAGACAAACACUAUGGUGCAGCAGGAACAAUUUACAAGGAAGAAACUGCGAGAGGUCCCCAGUAUAGCGAUAUCAAAUACAAUCCUAUUACAAAUACAUCGUUUGUAGUUGCUGAACAUCGCUAUUUACAGAUGGACAAUGAAAACCAAAGAGCAGAGUGGCUAUUCACAAUGCUUAUGGAAGAGGAACAUGAUUUUUACGAGUUGGAUGAGGUACACAUAACACGUUAUGCAAAUGCUAGGAUUCAUCAUCCACUAACAGCACCUAAUGUUACGGUCAUGAUUCAUCUUUUUCUUGGUGACAAGACUGGACUGUUUCAUGUACGAGAAAACCAAGUAAUAUAUGUGGAAGUAGUUGAAUCCGAAACAAACGAGACAAUUGCUCCAUGUAGUUUCCAAAUAGAUGUUGGCGCAGAGAUUGUUUUCCCAGCUGUUGUUAACCUGUAUGGCACCAGGACAUUAUUAGCAGGUCUGUUGACAGGAGUUCAUGACCUUUUAAUUGCUAGUGGUGCAGAUGUUAUGUUCUAUUCUACUGCACAGACAGCACUAAUUGAAGACAAUAAAUACAUUGAUGUAUCAUUGCCUGGAUAUUUUAACUUCAAAAGUUUUAUAGUUGAAAGGAACUCAGUGGCUGAAUUUUCGAAAAUUAACGAAUUUAUGAAACUUGGAACAUCAAUAUUAAAAGUCAAAUACCAAGGUGCUUUUACUAUGAAUGAUGCUGAAAUAGAAUGUUCCUAUGCCACGAUAGAGAGCGAAGGAGUUUUUGAUUUAAAUGAGAGUGGUUACAACAGCGAGAUGGGACCAGGUGCUGGUUUUACAACGUUGGAAGGAAUUGGUACUGGCGCUGGACAUGGUGGCCAAGGAGGCGGCCCGCACCCUUAUGGUGGUAUGCCAUAUAACUCUGUAUAUUUCCCACGGGAAUUUGGAAGCGGUGGAGGAAAUGGUAUCAGUGGAACUGGAGGAAGAGGUGGUGGAUUUUUAUGGUGGAAAGUAGGAGACAGACUUGAACUAGAUGGACGGUUAGAAUUACGUGGAGGACAUGGGAAAGAUCGUAAUGCAGGUGGAGGGAGUGGUGGUAGCCUAUUGAUUGAAACGCUUAAUUUUACUGGUCAUGGUGUAAUUGACGUCACAGGAGGUAAUGGUGUUGGGUCUGGUGGAGGAGGAGCUGGAGGAAGAGUAGGUAUUCACUGCAAAUGGCACUAUUCUUAUGGAGGGACAUUCCUUGAUUAUGGUGGAGAUGGAGCGGAAGAUAACAUUCACUCACAUGGUGCUGCAGCAGGAACCGUAUAUGUUGAGGAAAAUCUUAGGCCUGUACAAUACAGAGAGAAGAAGUACAACAAAGAAUAUAACACUACGUUUCUGGUUGUCGACCAUACAUACGUUCAUGUGGACAAUGAUAACAAAAAAGUUCCAACAGCAACAAUGUUGAUGGAAGCAGGUCUAACUGAUUAUGAGUUUGAUGAAAUGGAACUUACUGGAGCAGCCCGACUUCUGAUCUACCAUCCAGACAACCGUACACAAGUUACACUUGUCGCACAUAAAUUCAUUGGCGAUCGGACAGGACAACUUCAUAUAAGAAUAAACCAAACUGUUUAUGUUGAAUACGUGGAAUCACUAAACAACCGAACUGAAGCCCCUUGUAGUUACAUAAUUGACCAGUACGGGGAAAUUGUUUUACCAACCGAAUUUCACAUUCAUGGAAGUAAUAGUACAAUAGGAGGUCUAGUAACAGGAGUCCAUCACCUUUAUAUUGAAAAAAAUGCAUUUGUCGAAUUCUAUUCAACUGCACAAACAGCACUCAUUGAGAAUAGAACUUACACUAUGAUAACAACACCUGGAAAUUUCUCUUUUGCUACAAUCACAAUAAAGCAAGGGGGACUGGCUGGAUUCAAACGGAUUACUGACCAAAUGUUGUUAGAAUUAAGUGAGUUGAAAGUCAAAUACCAAGGAGAACUAUACAUGAAUCAUGUUGAAAUAUCUUCAACGUAUGGCUGGGUUGAAAGUGAAGGAAUAUUCCAUUUUGAUGGACAUGGACAUGGGCCUGAAAGCGGUCCAAGUCCAGGGUUCACUAAGAACGGACUUGGAUAUGGCGCCGGACAUGGUGGUGAAGGUGGGGGAGAGGAUAUUUCACUUGUGAGUCAGCCUCAUGGGUCUGUAUUUUGGGCACGGACGAUGGGAAGCGGUGGAGGUAAUGGAUUAGGAGUGGGAGGAUUCGGUGGUGGACAACUGCACUGGAAAAUUAGUCAUUUUCUUCAUAUGAAUGGUAUAUUGUCUCUGAAAGGACUCCAUGGUACAGGAGAAGGUGCAGGAGGAGGGAGUGGUGGAAGUGUUCUUUUAGAAGCUACAAAUGUCACAGGACAUGGAUUAAUUACAGUACAAGGUGGUAACGGUAGUAUCGGAGGAUGUGGAGGAUCCGGUGGGAGAAUUGCAAUACAUUGUAGAUGGAGGUAUACAUAUGGCGGUAAAUUUACUGAUCGAGGUGGUUUGAGCUCCGGAGAAUUCAUGUUGCAGAGGGGAGCUGCUGCUGGUACUGCGUAUGUUGAAGAGAAUUUACGCCCUCUAGAGUACCGCAUACGGAAAUACAUCAAAUCUACUAAUGUCACUCUCUUGGAAGUAGAUCAUAAAUAUUUACAUGUAGAUAAUGAAGGAUUACUGGUUCCAGUAGCCACAGUGCUUUUGGAGGAUGACACAUAUGAGUACGAACUUAAUGAGCUUGAACUUACUGGUUACUCAAGAAUGACUAUCUACCAUCCUGAUGAUUCUUACGUAAAUGCCACAGUCCAUCGAUUUAUUGGGGACAGGUCUGGGCAAUUUCAUUUACGGGACAAUCAAACAAUCUUUGUUGAAGUAGUCGAGUCUAUAAAUAACAGGACUGAAGCUCCGUGUAGUUUUAAAAUAGACUAUAAUAGCGAAAUCGUUUUGCCAUCAGAGACUCAUUUUCAUGGUGUCAGGACAGAGAUUCAUGGAUUAACAACAGGGGUUCAUGAAAUGUAUAUUGAAACUGGUGCCCAGAUUGAGUAUACCUCCACAGCUCAGACUGCACUUGUGGAGGAUAGAGAGUAUGCACAUGUAACUGACGAAGGAAACUUUUCUAUUCCAGAGUUAUAUGUCAAGCGAGAAGGUGAAAUAUCUUUUAGACAGACUUAUAAUGAUAUGGUUGUCAGCGUUGCUUCUCUGGAGAUCAAAUAUGGAGGCCUGAUUCUGAUGAAUCACGGAUUUAUAGAAAACGGUCAUGCUGAUAUCGAAAGUAAUGGUAAAAUUAUACUAGAUGGAAAGGGCUUUUUAAGUGGUCAGGGAGAAGGAGGUGGAAAAACGGUCCAUAAUAUUGGAUCUGGUGGCAGCCAUGGCGGUGUAGGUGGACAAGUAACUGAUGGAAGUAUUGGUACACCGUAUGGGUCAGUAUUUUCUCCGAUGCAUUUUGGAAGUGGUGGUGGAGCUAGCAUUGCCGGGAUUGGCGGUGCUGGCGGUGGGAAGCUGCAUUGGAAAGUCGGGUUGUUGAUACAUAUCAAUGGUUUGAUAUCAGCAAGUGGGGAAAACGCAAUCUAUCGUGAUGCUGGGGGUGGUAGUGGAGGGAGUUUCUUACUUGAAGCAACAAAUAUGACGGGCCAUGGAGCAAUCCAUGUGAAUGGUGGUAAUGGGAUGAACCAAGGCGCUGGUGGAAGUGGUGGGAGGAUCGGAAUACAUAUAAGACAUAAAAACACUUUUGGGGGUCAGUUUGUUGCUAAAGGCGGGUAUACAAUUGUCGGUACAGCUAUCGGACACGGUGCCGCCGGAACAGUUUACAAGUAUGAAUCUCAAAGAGGUCCUCAGUAUAGAGAGCUAAAAUACAAUGAUCCCGAGCGUAACAUCACAGAGUUUAAACCAGAACAUUCGAAGCUUAAGAUUGACAAUUUUGAUAUUGAUGUUGACCAUCCAGUAAUGGUUAUGGAGGAAAAUACCUGGUUUUAUGAGUUUGAUGAAGUACAAGUUGAAGGAUACUCAUAUGUACAUUUUUAUCACCCAUCAGAAGCUCGGAAUGUCACUAUUAUGAUCUAUGAAUUGACAGGAAAUAAAAAGGGGAUGAUUAGAGUACAGGCACGACAACGUCUGUUUAUUGAUAUUGUUGAAUCAACGCAUACCUACCUCAAUGCACCAUGUGGCUUUCAUGUUGAUAGUCUCGGCGAGUUGAUCCUACCAACUACUGUGUACAUACUUAGCGAAGAAGUGAUAUUAGAGGGUAGACUCUCGGGUGUUGAGGAGUGUGUUAUAGAACGAAAUGCACAAUUCCGAUUAAUUGGUAAAACAGCACACACACAUGACAUUCCAGAAAAGGACAUGUGGGAUACAGAUGAACCAUUUGGUCAGUUUGUGCCGGGAAUGUUUGAGUUUGGGAUAUUGACUGUUAAUAAUCUCGGCAGAUUUGUAGUUCAGACAAAUCCUACUCAUCCAGUAAUAGAUGCUGGGAAGAUUAUUAUCAGAAAAGGAGGCAAUGCUGAUAUAGAAACCCAGAAAGUGACAAUCCAAGUAGGAUCAUUGACAGUUGAAGCAGAUGGGAAGCUUCAAUCAGAUGGUCAUGGUUAUACAAAGAGUCAAGGUCCUGGGAGUGGGUUAAAUUCUGGAAUAUAUGCAUCUGGUGCUGGACAUGGAUCAUCAGGCGGAGGUAAAAAUUGGAUACCAAGCAGUGGGGCACCUUAUGGAUCGUUUAUCAACCCUCAAGAUUUGGGGAGUGGUGGAGGUGGAUCGAGAGGCGGCAGUGGUGGUGGUGUUAUAAAUAUAAUUUCUGGCCAAGUAAAUGCACAUAUGUUGUUUUUGAUCUAUUCCAACAGUUUUUACAAGUAUGAAUCUCAAAGAGGUCCUCAGUAUAGAGAGCUAAAAUACAAUGAUCCCGAGCGUAACAUCACAGAGUUUAAACCAGAACAUUCGAAGCUUAAGAUUGACAAUUUUGAUAUUGAUGUUGACCAUCCAGUAAUGGUUAUGGAGGAAAAUACCUGGUUUUAUGAGUUUGAUGAAGUACAAGUUGAAGGAUACUCAUAUGUACAUUUUUAUCACCCAUCAGAAGCUCGGAAUGUCACUAUUAUGAUCUAUGAAUUGACAGGAAAUAAAAAGGGGAUGAUUAGAGUACAGGCACGACAACGUCUGUUUAUUGAUAUUGUUGAAUCAACGCAUACCUACCUCAAUGCACCAUGUGGCUUUCAUGUUGAUGAUGGUGGCGGAAGUGGUGGUCGUAUAGCUGUAUACCUUCAAGAUGCGGCUACAUUCAGGGGAAUUAUUACCGUAGCCGGUGGCUCUGGCGCUAUUGCUGGUGGCCCGGGGACUGUAUAUAAGAAAGUUACAAUAGGAGAUGACGUCAAAACAUUCCUUGAACUGGACAACUUAAACCGAGAUAUUUCCUGUGGGUAUCAAGUUGUACUUGCUGAAAUUGAAACAACUGAAUAUGAUAUAGAUUUUGUAACUUUGAAAAGGAAAGCUUGUCUCUCAUUCCAGGUGCUUCCAUCAGUCACAAAUAUUUACGUUCAAAAUAUUGAAGGUGAUAAGUCAGGUUCACUAAUAAUUGGAACGAGGCAUUAUUUACAUCUUGGACAGACAUAUAAGAGGGCUCGGCCACUAUCAAAUAUUGACAUAACCAGUCGAGGUGUUCUGGUAAUUGCACCAGUUUGUGACAUUAUCACUACAUUAACAGUUGGUGGAGGAAUAUACGGACAAGAAAAUAUUAUAUGUCACGGCUUGAUUAAACUUUAUCGACACGGAUAUUCCAUUUGUGGAAAUUGUUCAAGUGACAGUACAGAUCUCGGUCAGUAUUGGCUUCGGUCAAUGACAAUAAGAAAAGGUGGGACCUUGCAGGUAGUUGCCAGUGGUGUUCGAGACCUCAACAGUAAUUCAGUACAGUUAAGAACUACUAUUUUUGACAUAGAUCACUCUGGAAAGGUCAUCGUAGGUGAUGGAUUUGUUAUGUACACUCGUAGUUGUAAAAUAGAACGAUCUGGAUAUAUCGUUGCAGAUGGUGUUGGUUAUCCUGCUGCAAAUGGCCCAGGUAGUGGCAAAACAUGUUUUCAGGAUGGUGGUGGGUCUGGAGCUGGCCAUGGGUCGCAAGGAGGUAAGGCUAACUGUGCAUGUCUUCCAACUGAAGCAGGAAGCUCAUUUUGCUUAAGCUGUUGGGCGACUGUAGACGUUGGUAAGAAAUAUGGCCUUACCUGUCAAGACACAAAAGUUGGAAGUGGAGGAGGAGACGAUAGCAAUAGCGAUAGGAAUGGAGGCCCUGGCGGAGGCGCUGUAAAGUUAGUAGCAACCUCUUUGCUUGAAUUUGAAGGAUAUAUUUCUGCAAAUGGAUUCUCCGGUGAUAGUGGUGCUGGAGGUGGAAGUGGUGGUUCUCUAUGGAUGGAUGGCCUUUACAUUGAAGGUUGGGGAAGAUUAGAUGCUAAUGGCGCAAAUGCCAAAUCACACACAUAUGCUAAAGUAUGCUAUAGUCUUACAAUACCAUAUGUUUAUCCUUGCCCACAAGAGCAUUAUGGAGGUGGUGGUGCAGGUGGUCGCAUUUCCACUUUUUCACCCGCAUAUCUUCAUCAAGUUGUACGAGCAAAUCAGUACGUUAAAGGAGGAUCAGCUGUGGGUCUUGGAGAUGAUGGAGGUGAUGGAUCCUUAUGUUUUUCCGGCUCACAAUGUAGCUCCCAUGGAAUCUGGUCACCUGAAACAAACACUUGCAUAUGUUCGCCUGGUUAUGUUGGAUUUGCGUGUCAAAUUAAGUGUGAUGACAUAUUAUGUAAUGGUAAUGGUGAGUGUUCGGAUUUUGGUGGCUGUACGUGCUAUCCUGGAUAUGUAGGCUACAACUGUGAGUUCAUGUGCGACGCCGAUACAACGUGUAAUGGGCAUGGAUCAUGCUCACAAUACGGCGAAUGCAGAUGUGAUCCGUGUUUCCAUGGCAGUAAUUGUUUACUCAAAUGUUCAGGUAAUGGAGAAUGUGAGUCAAAUACCUGUCAGUGUGAUCCGUGUUAUCUUGGUGAAUUCUGCCAUUCAGAAUGCAACAGUCACGGAAAUUGUGUAAACAACACAUGUGAUUGUGACAUCAGUUGGAGAGGAGAUGUAUGUACAUUUGCAGGUUGUCCUGGAAUAUAUGAAGACUGUUCUGGGAAUGGAAUAUGUAAUCCAGCAAUUCAGAAAUGUAUUUGUGAGCCUGGUUGGAAAGGGAGUGACUGCUCUGAACCUGAUUGCCCCGGAGAACCAAACUGUUUUGAUAGAGGAUACUGCAACUCAACUGUAAUCCCACCGAAAUGUGAGAACUGCAAAAGUGGCUGGAUGGGUCUUGAUUGUAAUGAGACUUGUCUUAAUGGACAUCAAGAGCCAAUGGAUAGUGGUGUUUGCAUGUGUGAUGCGUGCUGGACCGCCAAAGGAUGUAAUGUCGAAUGUUCAGGCCAUGGACGUUGUAGUGACCCAACAUACUCAACAAAUGGAACAUGCGAAUGUGAUGAGUUAAGUGGAUGGAGAGGAAAUGUAUGCGAGAUACCUGGAUGUCCUGGUGUCGGUGAAGAUUGUUCAGGCCAUGGAGACUGUAAUAGCGCAAUUCACGAAUGUGAAUGUUACCCAGGCUGGACAGGUAUUGGAUGCCAUAUCGCUGACUGCCCAGGAAAACCAGACUGCUUUGAUCGUGGGAUCUGUAAUGAUACUCUCAGCCCUCCUAUGUGCCAAAACUGCAGCCUGGGCUGGAUGGGGCCUGCAUGUAGUGACCCAUGUGUGAAUGGGAUUCAGGUUCCAAUGAAUAGUGGUAACUGCCUGUGUUUCAGUGGUUGGACUGGUGUAGGCUGUGACUCUGAAUGUUCAGAACAUGGUAAAAUACAUAACGGCUCAUGUGAUUGCCACUACGAAACUGGUUGGAAGGGUGAGUUAUGUGACAUCCCUGGCUGUCCUGGAUUGUUUGGUUUAGAUUGCAGCGGUCGUGGUAGCUGUGACAGUUCACAACAUAUGUGCACCUGCAAUAGUGGAUGGGAAGGCAUUGGAUGUGAAUAUCCAGAUUGCCCUGGUAGCCCCGAUUGUUCUGGACGAGGAACAUGUAGUGAUAUAUUCGAUCCGCCAGAAUGCACAAAUUGUGAACGUGGAUGGAUGGGACGCGCUUGUGAAGACCCGUGUACGAAUGGUGUCCAGGACCCUCCAAAUAGUGGAUUCUGUAACUGCACACCGGGCUGGAGUGGUGUUGGCUGCGAUGCUGAGUGCUCUCUUCAUGGAACGAUCAUUGAUGAAAAAUGCAACUGUGAUACCGGAUGGAGAGGAGAACUUUGUGACAUCAUUGGUUGUCCAGGCAUUGAUAUUGACUGUUCUGGGCACGGACAAUGUAACAAAGGCACACAAGAGUGCAUUUGCAAUAAUGGUUGGACUGGAGAUGCAUGUGAUUUACCAGAUUGUCCUGGUCAUCCGAAUUGCUACAACCGAGGUUAUUGUGAUCCUACUUUGGAUCCACCAAAAUGCACCAAUUGUAGCUUAGGUUGGAUGGGUCGGGAUUGCAAUGAACCAUGUGUCCAUGGCAUGCAGAUCCCCAUGGAUAGUGGUAACUGCGUCUGUGAUCCUUGUUAUUCUGGUAAGGGAUGUAAUGCUGAGUGCACAAACAACGGUGUGUGUGAAAAUGACAUGUGCUCAUGUGAUCCAGGUUGGUGGGGUGAUGUGUGUGAAAUUAUAGGUUGCCCUGGAAUUGAUAUAGAUUGUACGGGUCACGGUGACUGCAAUUCAGCCUUACAGAUUUGUUUCUGUUAUCCGGGAUGGAAAGGAGAUGGCUGCGAGAUUCCUGACUGCCCAGACAGUUGUAAUGGGAGAGGCUACUGUAAUGGCACAAACCGUGAUACCCCUGUUUGCACCAAUUGUGUACACGGUUGGAUGGGACCCGCCUGUGCCGAUCCGUGUACGCAUGGAAGACAAGUUCCAAUGGAUAGCGGAUUCUGUGAGUGUGAACCAUGUUACACAGGUGCUGGAUGUACCAGUGAAUGCUCCGAAAAAGGGAAGUGCGACCUAAAAAAACAAAUGUGUAUCUGCGAAAGUACUUUCCUUGGUCCUGUUUGUGAAGAAUUAGGUUGCCCAGGUAAACCUGUUUGCAAUAACCAUGGAUCGUGCAACAGCGCUACACAAAUGUGUUCGUGUUAUCCCGGUUGGUCUGGCAAAGAAUGUGAAAUUCCUGACUGUCCUGGCAUUCCUAGCUGCUCAGGCAAUGGAAAAUGUAUAGACACAAUGCCACGACAAUGCGAAUGUCAGUCUAAAUGGGCAGGAGAAAUAUGUGAUGUGCCAUGCCUUCAUGGAAUCAAUAUUGACGGCCUUGAAUGCAUUUGUGAUCCAUGCUACAGUGGUAUAGGCUGUGAUAAGAUCUGCUCAGAAAAUGGUCAGUGUGUGAACGGAACUUGCGAAUGUGAAUUUGAUCUCGGUUUCCAGGGCCAUGUCUGUGAUAUACGUGGUUGUCCAGGAGGUGACUGCAGUGGCCAUGGCUCUUGUAACCUUGCCACAUUUGAAUGCAUCUGCGAUCCAGGGUGGAAAGGAAGCGGAUGUCACAUACCCGAUUGCAUCGGUGAUCCUGAUUGCUACGGGAGAGGAGAAUGUACCUAUUAUUAUGGCGAGGAAUCCCCACGUUGCAUUAAUUGCGUUACUCCAUAUACUGGUGACGCCUGUGAGUUACAAUGCGUUCACGGAACAGCACAGCGUAUAAAUGACACAUGGGAGUGUAUUUGUGACCCUUGCUAUAAUGGUUUGUCUUGCGAUUUAUUCUGUAGUAACCAUACAACUAUCUGUAACACUACAAUUGGGGUUUGUGACUGUGGGUGUGACGGGUGGCGUGGGCAAUUUUGCGAGGUAGAGGGGUGUCCUGGCUGCGGCGAAGAUUGCACAGGCCAUGGGGAAUGCAACCUGGCAACUAAAGAUUGUUAUUGUCGGAGUGGAUGGCAGGGUGUUGGAUGUGAACUGCCUGAUUGCCCCGGAACACCAGAUUGUAAUGAGAGAGGAGAAUGUGUUUCGGAAGAACCAACACCUCUUUGCAGGAAUUGCAAUCAAGGCUGGAUGGGACCAGCAUGUGAAUAUCCUUGUGUUAAUGGGACACAGAUUCCAAUGGAUUCAGGCAAUUGUACAUGUGAUGCAUGCUUUCAUGGACCUGGAUGUGAUGUCAUGUGUUCAGGAAUGGGAAUAUGCACUGAUGAGGGUCUUUGUGAGUGUGGUUUUGAAGGUGGAAGAGGUGAAUACUGUGAUGACCCUGGAUGUCCUGGAGAUUUUGAUACCGACUGUUCAGGACAUGGUGCUUGUAUUGCUGGUUCAUGUAUUUGUUAUGAAGGUUGGAUUGGAGAAGGUUGUGAGACUGGAGAUUGCCCUGGAAAUCCUGACUGUAAUGAGAGAGGUAUAUGUUAUGAAGGUACUGAUAUCCCGGAAUGCCGUAACUGUUCUGUUGGCUGGAUGGGCCACGCCUGUGAUAUCGAAUGUGGUCCAAAUACUGGUUACCAAUACCCAAUGGACAGUGGGACAUGUCUUUGCACUCACGGAUGCUGGCAUGGGCUUAGCUGUAAAUUAAAGUGCAACAAUGUUGGAAGUUGUCAAAAUGACACAGAGACAUGCAGCUGCUCUGAUGCUAAUGGACUCAAUCAUGGUAAUUGGGGUAUAUAUUGUGAGGAACCAUCUUGUAAGGGUAUUGGCACCCCUUGUUCGGGUCACGGAAUAUGCAUUGUGAAAGAGGGUGGUAACUUUAGCUGCUUCUGUGACAACGGCUGGCUAGGCGAAGGCUGUCAUAUUCCAGAUUGUCCGGGAGACCCUGAUUGUAACGGCCAUGGAAUAUGCGACGGAAGCGAGGGUGUGCCACUCUGUGUCGAAUGCGACGAUGGUUGGACCGGAUUCGCUUGUCAACAGCAAUGUGUAAAUGGUACUACAACAGAGAAUAGAACGUGUGAAUGUGAUUUGUGCUUUAGUGGUUUGGAGUGCAACAUGGAAUGUAGCUCACAUGGAAAAUGUAAUGACGGCACGUGCAUCUGCGAGUCAGCAUGGUGGGGACCCGAAUGCAGCUAUCGUGGAUGUCCUGGUGAUGGAACCAACUGCACUGGACAUGGCGUAUGUUCACUUGGAACUCAGGAAUGCAUAUGUGAGCCUAACUGGAUAGGAGAAGGCUGUAAUAUUCCGAAGUGCGCAGAUGACUGUAAUAAUCGAGGUGACUGUGAUGGUACAAAUUUCAAUCCUCCGAUGUGCGUUAACUGUAGCGAUGGGUGGAUUGGCGACCGCUGUCACAAGCCGUGUAUCCAUGGUACGGAGAGCCCACAACUAAGUGGUCGAUGUGUAUGUGACCCCUGUUUCUCAGGGCUUGAAUGCGAUAUAGAAUGCUCAGAAAACGGCAUAUGCAAUGGAUCUGUCUGCAAUUGUUCCAUUGGUUUUAAGGGAGAACAAUGUGAUGCCCUAGAUUGCCCAGGUGAGCCAGACUGCACAGGUUCUGGAAGUUGUCUUCGGAGAGAUGGUGAAUCAGUUUGCUCGUGUAUGCCUGGUUAUAGAGGUGAUGAUUGCAGCGAGUUUUAUUGCCCAGGCACACCUGAAUGCAAUGACAAUGGUAACUGUACCUUGAUUGGUGUCAUACCACGAUGUGUUUGCCAACAUGGCUUUACUGGUGAGGUAUGUGACCAUUGCCUUCCUAGGUUCGAUGGUGAUAACUGUAACACAUGUGAGGAAGGGUAUAUAGGAUACAACACCGACUGUGGCGUCCUCUGUCUUCACGGAUUUGCGACAUCCCCUGGAGGAGAUCAGUGCAAGUGUUAUAGAGAUGAAGAGCAUGGAUUUUGGACAGGAGCAAGCUGCAAUGAAUGUUUUGAGGGUUUUGCUGCCCCUGAUUGUAGAAGUUGCAUACCAAGCCGAUUUGGAGAAACAUGUGUAGACGAAUGCCCUCUUGGUCAAGGUGUAUAUGGUGAUCCAUUAGAUGGAGAAGGUGGCCAAGAUUUGGUUCGACCAAUCAUAGACUGUGUUAUGCCAAUGUCUAAUGCCACAGGCUAUGUAGCAUGGUUCGGGUAUGAGAAUGAAAACGAUCACAAUGUGUACAUUGCUAUUGGUCCUGACAAUCGCUUUCACUUCUCUAACGACGAAGAAUAUUAUACAGCGAAAGAAAAUCAGGGACAACCUUCAAAGUUUAAGCCAGGAAAGCAUACAAAUAUCUUUAAAGUCAUUGUAAAUGAUGAAAGUGUAAAUGCAACUUGGUUUCUAGCCUACCUCGUUUCCAACAACAGGCAUGACGUCACUGUGUAUGCAGAUUAUCCAGUACGUUGCAGUGGCUUGGAGCAGGAUGAGUAUAACGAUCGUUUGGCAAACGUUACCUAUCCAGGUGUAUGCAUCUGUAACCAUGGCUAUUGGGGAGAAACAUGUAAUGAAGAAUGUCCCGGAGGAGCAAAUAACCCAUGUUAUGGCAAUGGCGUAUGCUCCCCUCAUGACGGAUCAUGUGCAUGCGUAAUCAAUGCAGAUCCAUUCUUAAAUUGUAGUGAAUGUAGAAAUGGCUGGAUUGGAACUGAUUGUUCGGUAAAACUAACACCUGUUCCUAAUUCCUACGACGAAAUGUAUUAUGGAAUGGCAUUUGGACAGGGCCACUUUACAACUUUUGAUGGAGCAAACUACAUUUUCUAUGGAACUGGAGAACAUCAACUGGUUCAUACCAAUAAUGUCCUUGCUCACAUACGCUUGGUUCCUUGUUUUGUGACAUCGAAGACAACUUGUAUUAAUGCUGCAGCAUUUCAGUUAAAUGAAAAUAGCAUUGUUAUCCAUGGUGAUCGUAAUGAUGAUAUGUUUUCUGGUUUCAUUUGGCAUAAUGGAAUCGAAAUCGAGGUCGGGCCUAAUGUAGAAUUAGGAUCCGGUAUAUCUCUUGUAAGAGUCUCAUUCAACCACUAUGAAAUAAGAAAUAACCUAUUUGCAAUAAGUGUUGUUAUACAAGGAAGAUAUCUGGAUCUGCGGGUUAAAUUUAAAUACACUGAAUGUAAAAACGCUGUUGGACUCCUUGGAACUUGCGAUAAUAACCAACUCAAUGAAUUUGUAAGCAGAGAAGGGAUCUUGAUCAAUGACACCGAAAUAAACCAGAAAAAUAUCCACAGUACAUUUGGAUCAUCAUGGAAAAUAGGUUUGGACACAACGACUUUGUUUGUAUAUGAAGACAAAACAGUGGGUGAGGUUCGUGAUAUUCAGAAUUCUCAAGCAGGCUAUGCACUUUUCUUUGAUGACACCAGCGUCGUUUCAGAUCGGAUUCACACUUUUACAGACUCAGACAUUACUGUUGAAUUUCUGAUAAAGAUAGGAAAGGAUCACAGAGGCUGUGGAGUUAUCUUAUCGUAUACAAAAAAGACAACUUUUGCUUUAGUUUAUUGCGAUGGUUAUUUCAUUCUAGAUGACGAUGUUAACACUGUAUUUACUGAUUUUGGAAUGACUGUUGAUAAGUGGUACCAAGUAUCUCUAGUGUGGGAGAAAUCAACACUUUUGCUUCGGAUGUAUCUGUUUGAUUCCUCAGGAAAAUACAAUUCAGAACUAUUCACAUCGACAAAUAACAUAUAUGCCCCGGGCGGUGUUUUUGUGCUUGGACAAUGGAACCCUCUCCCAACAAAUAUUGGUGAAAGACCUUACAAGGGAUUUACUGGUACACUUGAUGAAUUCAGAAUAUGGAAUCGACGAUUCUUUCCUUCAGAAUUACAAUCACACCUGCACCGUUACAUUUCUCCGUCAAACAUGGAUCUGGCGAGCCAGUGGAAUUUUAAUGAAGGCCAAGGAACAAAUGUAUUUGAUAGCGUGUCAACUGGCCAUUUGACAUUUGAACAGAAUUCUCUAUGGUCCAGCCCACAGUGGGUAUACUCGUCUGCAGUUGUACAGCGAGAAAGUUACAACACCUCGGCUUUAUAUUCUCUCCAAGUAUACAAUACAUCAAUUGAAGAACUGCUCGAAGGUUUCUGUUAUGAAAUAUUGUACUCUUCAGAAUUAUACGAUAUAUGUUCCAGCUUCGAUCUAACUGAUUUCUAUUUUCUACACUGUGUAAGAGAUGGCACUUUCGCAGCUUCGCAGUUAUAUACAAUGGAGAUAUUUCUGGCAUAUAGUGACCAUUGUAUGUCAUUAAAACAACUUGUAACUUCACCCUUACAAGAACACUGUCUCACAUUCCCUGGCAGGCCAUUCCCAAACUGGAUUGGGGAAACAUGCAAUACCAAGUGUGUAUCAAGAGAGAUAACACAGGAUUACGAUACAUGUAUUUGUUUACAAGGAUACUGGGGAGAAAGUUGCCAAUAUCAGUGCCCUGGUGGAUCAGCAAAACCUUGUGGAGACAAUGGUGUUUGCGAUUCAAUUGAGGGAGUGUGUGAUUGUCCAGUAUAUUACGACUUGGGAACAGCUUGCGUUGCUUGCGCGUAUGGAUGGUACGGUGCCGAGUGUUCCGUUGCUGUAGCUGACUUACCAUUUGAUGCUUCAUUUUCUGUUUGUUCAGUUUCAAGCUAUUCACAUUACAUAAACUUUGAUGGUAUAGCGUAUGACUUAAAUUCAGACGGAGAAUUCAUUUUUACAGCAGGCAGUGGGAUGACAGUGUAUGUCCGUGAAGUUCCUUGCGGAAGCGAUAGCCAUUGUAUCAAAUCAGUUUGGAUAAACAUUGGUACAACAGACAUUCAGGUUCGUUCUUCUUUCACUGAAGAUACAGAAAAUCUUAUUCUUGUCAAUGGUGUUUCAUUUAUGAGCGAAGAAAGUCUUAAUAUAGGAAACGAUUACCUUCUACAGAGAAUAUCAAAUGAUCAGUAUGUUUUGAGUCAUUCAUCUCAAGGAAACAUCAGUAUUGAAAUCGAUGGUCAAUUUAUUAGCAUGCAGGUGGUUGUCCCAAAAUCAUUUUGUUCCAAUGUUUCAUUAUCAUUGUGUGGAAGUUGCGACGCAGACAACAGCAAUGAUUUUCCUAUAGCAGCAGAUAACUUUGUGACCGUUGACAAUUUAACAUUUGCACUUCUAAAUGGUCCAUUUUCCGAUAUGUGUAGGAUUCCUUCUAACGUCGGCACAAAAUUUAUAUACCAUAUUGGUAUUCAUGGUGAAGAUCAACAUUUUACCACUGCAGGCUAUAACCUCUUGUUCAAUGACUCUGGCUGCAUCUCAGAAACUUUAGAGGAAACGUUCAAUGCAGAAUCUGAUGUUACAAUUGAGAUGUACGUAAAGGGCAAAGACCCUAAGCUAUUUGGUGGAACUUUGUUUUCCUACGUCAGUUUGGAAACCAACAUACUAGACACUGACAUCUUUGCAAUAACCAAUGACAAGCAUAUAAAAAUACAUUUUGGUAGUCAAGUGAUCGAAACUAACAUCAAGACAAAGACUGACAAGUGGUGUUACAUUGCUUUCACAUAUUCAAGAGCAUCAAAUUAUUUUUCCCUUUACAUCAUUGAUCACCAAGACAGAAUGAGUGGGUAUUCGUAUACUUUGGUAGAUGGACUGUUCUUGCCCGGUGGAAAAAUUGGACUUGGUCUCUGGCAAUCUGGAAGAUAUCCGGAGCAUGAACAACCUCCGUCUACAAGAUUUGUAGGUCAUAUCGAUGAGCUUCGAAUAUGGAAACGAAACUUAGACGUGUUUACAAUUUGGCAAACUUACAAAUUGAAUAUCGCUAAUGGCAUAGAUGAUUUAAGUGGUCUGUGGAAAUUCUCAAAUGGAUUUGGAUAUGAAAGUUAUGAUACCAUCAACAAUUACGCAAUGGUGUUUCCUCAAUUGGGUGGUCCAGUUUGGUGGCUUGGAGAUGCUCCCUUAUUAUCUAAUUCACUCAAGUCAGUAACUUCGAGCUCUAUAGUACUGCAAGUAUAUUCAAAAUUAACGUCUGAUCCAUCCAGGUUAGAAGCAGAAACAGCCUGUCAGGACUGGAUUCUUCAUGGGCAGAUUCGUAGUCAAUGCGAGUCAAUGGGAAAUUCAACACCACUGUUUUACUAUGAAAUGUGUAUUGUUGAUAUCGCAUAUGGGGGAUCUCUGUCAUACUUAUCAUUUGCUGUAAGGGCCUACCGAUCAUAUUGUGAGGCUAACCUUCAAAGACAAAUUCAGUUGAACUGUAGAGAUAUCAAGGAUAUUGAAUUUGCCUUAAAACUAGGAUGUGAUGAAACAAAAUGCAUCUUCGGCUUCCACGACGAGUUUGGUAACUGCAUUUGUGAUAAUGAUCAUUGGGGAAUCCAUUGUGACAAUAUCUGUCCACUGGCACCAGAUAACACCUGCAACGGUCACGGAUUCUGUAAUAAACAAUCUGGUGAAUGUGAAUGUGAAUUACGAUGGUCAUCUGCCACAGACUGUGUUGAAUGUGACGAAGGGUGGUCUGGUACUAAUUGCGAGGCUAUAGAGAACAGACCGGACCUGGAGGAACCUCAAAACCCAGUUUGUAAUUUGUUUGGUCAGGGACAUGUUACUAAUUUUGACGGCGGACGUUUUGACUUUAAAGAAAUUGGAGAACAUUACCUUUUUGUGUCUCCCGAUGAAAUUGCUAUUCAUAUUCGUGUUCUUCCAUGUUACAAUACAUCUGCAUGUAUUGUUGCAAUUGGCAUUUCAUCAUCUAAUGAAGACACCAUUAUCGCACGUGCAGGAUAUAGUACGGGAAGUCGUUUGCUACUCUGGAAUAAUAGCAGCCCAGUUAAUUUCGACAAAACGGCACGAUUCUCAAAUUUUGAAUUAGAGCACAUUUCUCCAGACGAUUACAAAAUUGCUGGCACCAAUGUAUCUUUACAAAUAAGGGUGCUCGAUAGAUAUUUAUCAGUGUCUCUGGCAAUAGCUUCACACUACUGCCAACAUGCCAAAGGAAUUUGUGGUUCUUGUAACGAUGACAUUGGCGAUGAAAUUACGUCACACCGUAACAUCACAGCUUUAAAACCCUGGGUUGUUUUGGAAAAUGAUUCAUUAUUUGAUAGUAUAUACUAUGAAGACAGUUAUCAUGAAAGUAGAAACGUAUCUGGUGGAGGAUUUUGUCUCAGUUUCGAUAGUAAUUCCAGUCUGAUAUCAAAUGUCGUGGAUAACACAUUUGAUGAUAUGUCGGACAUCACAUUGGAUUUCCUUAUAAAUAUUGAUAAUAUUUCCAAUCCAGGAAUCAUCUUCUCUUACGGCUGUCAAACUUCUAUAACAAUAUAUAUGGAUAAGACCCUUAUUAUUGAAAUCGGUGAUGAGGAUUUUGAUACCAACCUUGCAAUAGAAGAGUCGGGUAAAUGGUAUCAAGUUAUUCUGGUCUGGAUUCGCAGUAGAAGUAGGGUUGAAUUCAAUCUGGUAGAUCCAAAGAAAGAUAUAUUACAAAGUGUUCAUGUAUUCAAAACAAAUAUUGACCCAUUCAUUAACGGUGGAUACUUUGCUAUAGGAAUACGACAGCCAUCAACAAAUGGCUCAAUAAGCUACCGACAGAGAACAAUACCAGAAGAAUCUACUAUCACAAGCUUCAGUGGCUCUAUAGAUGAAAUCAAAAUAUGGCGACGGGCUUUCAUUUUGCACGACAUUAAUAAUAUCAUUGGUAAGAAUGUCCAACCGUAUUUUAAUGGGCUAGCAGCGCUAUGGAAGUGCAACGAAGGACAGGGUUAUGAUGUACUUGAUGCUAUUGGCUCAUCUCAUUUCAGAAUGUCAGAUUUCACUUGGAAUACUAAUCGCCCGACUUGGAGAUUUUCCUACAUUGAUAUCGAAAUUGUCCAAAUAUUAUAUUCAUAUACGUUUCCUGAUCCUGAAACAGAAUCCAAUAUCACUGAAGUGUGUGAAGACAAUAUACGUUUCAUAGCAUCUUCAGAAGCUUGUAAUAUCAGCGAUGGGACCAUAUCAUACUAUCUCUACACCUGUAUAAUUGAUUAUGCAUUUUCAGGAAACAUGUAUAGCGUUUUAGAUGUGACUCUUGCGGCAGCAGAUGCCUGCCUUUCUACAGAAUCAAGAAAAGUACCAUCUCAAAUACUAUGUAAUAGAUUUAAUGGUGUCUACGCCCCAAUGUGGCGCGGAUCGGAAUGUGAUAUUGAGUGUCAUUUUGCUGAUGAUCCUAGAAACACAAUUAACGAAAUAUGUAGAUGUGCCGAAGGGUAUUGGGGAUAUACAUGUAAUAAUGUCUGUCAUGGAGGACUCAACAACGUAUGUGGUGCUCAGGGCUCAUGCCAACAAGAUGAUGGGAGAUGUGUUUGCCUUGAUAACUGGGACAACGCUAUGAAUUGCACCACCUGUUCUUCUGGAUGGAUUGGUACAGAUUGUUCAAUUGCUUUGACUGACGUUUCUUACUCGUUAUCAAGUAGAUGUUCUAUAUUCGGUAACGGAUAUUACACACAUUUUGAUGGUUCCAGCUUCUCUUUUGUGGAUACUGGUGAUUACAUAAUCUACAAGAACGAACAAGUAGAAAUUCAAAUUCGCCAGACUCCAUGUAGUGGUCAAGAUUCGUGCAUAGAAGCUAUUGGUGUGAUUACAGUUGGCACCGAGCUAGUUAUAUCUGCUUCGACUGGAGAUCCAAUGGCACCAUUAGUCAUCAUUAAUAACGAUACUGUUAAGAUAGAAUCAAGCUUGACUUACGGCACAGGAAAUACAAAAUUAACUAUCACACGACAAGCAGAAGGCAGAUACGACAUUUUAAUCUCCGGUAUUGCUGUUCACCUCCAUAUAUUGGGCGUACAUAUCAACAUGGACAUCACUGUAUCUAAGGACAUUUGCGCUACAAGUUCAGGAAUAUGUGGGCCUUGUAGCAUACGUAACAAACCAUGUACAUCCACUGAUGAGGAUCCUUUGUGUGCUCUGAAAAGUCUGGGAAUCGCAGUUUUCGCACAAAGAUUCCCAUUAAGCCAGGAACUCUUAGUAACCAUGUGUAAUGAUUUCCGAGUGACAAGUAGUAGAAGUGUUUUUAUUAGAACAUAUAGUAAUGGUGCGAUUGGCACAAAUGAUUCCAUGUAUCCUUUUGGAUAUGCCUUGUUUUUUAGCAAUUCUGGACUUAUUAGCUCUGUUGUACCUUAUGGAACACUGUCUGGAGAAUAUAUCACCAUUCAGUUCUACUUUAAACCAACAUCUGAUGGUGGUACGAUAUACAGUUAUUCUGAAAGCAUAACGUUUUCAAUUUCGCUUGAAUAUAAAAUGUUGUACAUUUAUGAUGGAGAUUUUAUUUACCCAACUAAUAUAACGGUAUUGUCAAAUGAAUGGAAUUUAAUAUCAUUGGUGUAUAAAAGUGUUACUGGAAGAAUUGACAUAUACCUGUCUGAUUCAAUAGGAAUAGUAAGUUGGCGCUACUUUAACAUCAGGCGACAUGUAUUUUCAGCAGGAGGAACUAUAGGUUUUGGUACCUGGCAAGUGCCACUUGAUGACUUCAAAAAGUCUCCUCCUGCUGGAUUCAUCGGUUAUAUAACUGGGUUCUCGUGCUGGAGCCGCCGAUUCUCGACAGCAGAGAUUGAACUGAGUUAUUCCCGUAUAUACAAUCGCUAUGAAUCGAACCUAGUAAUAUUUUGGUCUCUUAACGACGGGAUAGGAGCAAGUAUAUUGGAUGGUGUCAAUAACAUACAGCUGACAUUCCCAUCUUACAGACCUCCAAUAUGGUUAGUCGCAAACACACCACUUAGAAUACAACUGAAUUAUAUAUACAGUCUGUCAGUAACAUUCGCUGAUGUUUAUAUUACCACAGCUUGCACCUCUUAUAUUUACAAUGGGCCACUAGGAAGUAAGUGUACUUCCAUGAGAUCGUCGGCACAAUAUCACUACCACGCAUGCAUAUACGUUAUAAACGUAACAGGUGAUGUGACAACAGCAGUUGGAGCAGUAAUGGAUUUCAGCAGUGAAUGUCAGUUAGCUUUAAAUCUCAGCUAUUGGCCAGCAAAGGAUCUUUGCAACAACUUUACUGACAUCCCAGUUUGGUCAGGACCUACCUGUGAUGAAGAGUGUUAUUUUGGUAGCUAUGAUAGUAAUGUUUGCAACUGUGAGUUUGGCUAUUGGGGUGAUCGUUGCAAUGGCUCCUGUGAUGGUGGAUCACUAUCGCCAUGCCACGGCCACGGCAUUUGUGAUGUAGCAACAGGUGACUGUAAAUGUACUGAUAACUGGACAGGAAGUGAAUGUUACAAUUGUACACUUGGUUGGAGUGGAGCUAACUGCAAUUUAAUUGUAUUGCCAUUACCAGAUGAUCAUGUUAUUGUCUGCUCUGCACGAUCAGGAUCCUUCAUAAACUUUAAUGAUCAAUCGUUUACUUUUGAAGACAUUGGAAUUUACACACUUCUAGAAGUUGAUUCUUUCAAAUUACAGAUAAGUCAGGUUGUCUGCAAUAGCUUGAUUUGCUUGGAUGCAAUAGCUGUUGAAGCUGGUGAGACAUCAGUAACAGUCCGCCAGAGUGGAAUGUAUACUUCAAUAGUUCAUGUUAACGGCAAAAGAGUUUUCAUAAAUGGUACCUUGAAAACAACCGAUACGAUUUCCAUUCAGCAGCAUAGCACUAGCCAAUAUCAAGUGACUGUAAGAGACGUCGAUUUAAACAUUCAUGUAUCAGUAAUGACUAACUACCUCAUUUUGGACAUGGAGAUACCAGAUAGCACAUGUUGUAAAAAUGUAAAACAGGGAAUCUGUGGUUUAUGUACACGGUGUAAAGACAACGAACAUCAACCUUCGAUUCCUCCAGGUGUGGUUAUUAUUGAGCCUGAUGAUUCUGUGGAUACAAUCAACUUAAAGUGCAGACACACUAAAGUUACAAAAUCAGAUAUAAUCUUUAACGGUGAUGAGAUACCAUACGUAUAUCAAGAGACCUAUGCUGGGUACUCUGUCCUGAUCAGCGAAGCAUCAAUAACUGUCGAUAAUAUUUAUAUUCCACAAUCUUCUUAUACUACGCUUGAAUUGUUGGUGAAAUAUAGUAGCAGAGGUACAAUAUUCUCAUUCACAGAUGUAACAACCUUCUUUAUCUCCAAUGAAUUUGGACAAAUAACAAUUCAUUAUGGAAACAGAAAUAUCACAACAGGUUUAUAUCUUGAAGUGGAUGUUUGGAACCAACUGUCUUUUGUUUGGAAUCGGAUAACAUGGACUCUUGAGGUGUAUCUUUUCGAUUCUAAUGGUCAAUUUCAAAGAAGAUUUUACACGGAUUUUGAACGCGACAUAUUUUCUCCUGGAGGAAGUUUCUGUAUUGGAAAGUGGCAACCACCCACAGAUGGACUUGGAUUUCAGCCAAAAGAUAAGUUCUUUGGUGAAUUUGAUGAAAUACGAAUAUGGGAUAGAUAUGUCGACAACUUUGAAAUACGGGAGCAUUGGGGCGCAGAUACACGUUUGUCAGCUAGUGGUUUAGUACAUCUGUGGAAAUUUAAUGAAGGAGAAGGAGACAUAGCCCAUGAUUCUGUUAUUGUCUAUUCUCAACACUUUCAUCUUUCCAUUGGUGGGCAUCCGUCAAUAUGGCGUAGAUCGAACGCAUCCAUUGCACGAUCUGCCACAACUGAAGUAAGCAUUACUACAGUAAAUACGGCCUCAUCUUGGCAAGAGGAGUUCUGUUCAGAUAUUUGCCUCAGUGGACCUCUGUACAGACAAUGCAGUCAGCUUGGUGACAUAUUGAUAGGAGAAUUCUACAAAGAGUGUGUUUCCAUCACAACGAAUAGUAACAGCCGUGGAUCAGCCCUUGAUAUCGUGAUAGAAUACUCAAAUUACUGUCAAUUUGUGCUGAAUCUGACUCAAUGGCCAGCCCAACCACUUUGCAAUAAUUUCACAGGAACACCGUUUCCAAUGUGGAUUGGAGACAAUUGCGAUAUAUUUUGUGCAUUUGGCACUGCUAGUCCUGACAAUCACAACACAUGCGUAUGUAACACCGGAUACUGGGGACAAUUUUGUGAUCAGAUAUGCCCAGGAGGUGCAUUUAAUCCGUGCAAUGGACAAGGAGCGUGUGACAUCAACACAGGUCAGUGCAGUUGUCCAUUGAACUGGCAAGGAUCACUGAUAGAUUGUGGUAGCUGUUCAGAUGGCUGGUCAGGUGAUGAUUGUGUCACAGUCUUCAAUACAACAUAUCUACCUGAGCACUUGUUAAAAAUAUCUAUAAUUGGGAGUUUCUCUCAGAUAACAACGUUUGCGGGUCAUACUUUCACACAUUAUCAUGUAGGAGAAUACACGCUGAUUAGAACCAUUAAUGUAGAUCUAGUAAUUCAAGCUUAUUUUGUUCGUUGCUAUGGUCAAUAUUCCUGCAUAAAAGACAUUGGUAUUCGUUUUGGAAGUCCCAGCCAAGGAUUUGGAUCUGUUGUUAUUGGUGGACCAAUCAAUCGCAAUGGGGUAAUGUCAACUAUCGUCAAUGGUUAUCGCCAGUCGAUUGACGCACUGUUAGCGUUUGGAGAGUCGGGGUAUACUUUCCAUCGGUUGUCGUACAAUGAGCUUCUUGUCACAGGACCUAAUGAUUUCUCCCUCAUUGUAAGAACAGAUGGUAAAUACCUGACAAUCGAUACCAGAAUACCUAGCUGGUUUUGCGAGAUAUCGUCUGGUUUGCUCUUUGGCGGAUGUUGCAAUAAUGAUGAUGAAAACAAUCCUAAUCUGUGGCUGGAUCCAGACGAAAACUCAAAAAUUGGAAUUUGUUCAAGUUCAGUAUCUAAACAAAUGCCAGCUCCAAUCAAUUCAAGCAUGGACUAUAAAUUCAAUUUUGAUAACACAUCCACAAAGAAUGACUGUUCAGUCUCAGAAAAAAAUUGGAUUACUCCAUCUGCAGAAAAUAUUUCGCACUAUCUUGGUCAUUGGGUCGUUGACCCAUGUGACAGUAUAAUAAGCACUUCAACUAGAUACGUAAUAAAGAAGAGCUACGCUGGCUACAAUGUACAUUUUAAAGGGUCAAUAUUGUACAUUCAAAGUACUAUUUUGUUUAUCAAAAACAGUAACGAUAUCACAUUCGAGCUUUUAUUGAGGUGUGGAGAUCCAAAGAACGAUGGGGGAGUUGUGAUGUCAUAUGUUAAUGAGAACAGCUUUGUCCUUAACGUGCGGGAAACAGUAAAAGUACACAUUGGCAGCAUUAUUUAUGACACUGAAAUAUCCCUAGAGGUGCAUUUGUGGAAUAAGAUCAUGCUUGUGUAUUCAAACAAAGGCAAACUUAACGUGUAUAUAAUAUUUUCAUCAGGUUCCGUCAAGCGUCGAGAGUUUGUGACACCCGAAGGACUCUUUAGAACACCUGGUUACUUUGCCAUUGGUCAGUGGCAGCCUACAAUAUCAAGUCUUAAUCAAAUGCCACUACCGGCAUUCACGGGUGAUAUAGAUGAUUUCCGUGUGUGGAAUAAGGUUUUUAAUCCGUCGGAAAUAUCAGAAUUCUGGACAAAGCAUGUCUCAUUAGACAGCACGGGACUAGUGCGCUCCUGGCGGUUUGACGAGGGUGAAGGAACACACGCAUAUGACGACAUCAAUGGUGACACCCUCUUAAUGCCAUUUGAACCCUGGGUUCCAGCAGUGUGGGUGUUAUCUGAUGCUCCUCGAUCUCCUGAAGACUUAUUUCCUAGUUUGACACCAACAUUUUUAAACGGAACCAUCAAAGUGAAAGCAGAAAGCGUAUGCCAUGACCUCCUAAUGGCAACACCAAUUGCAGACCAUUGUUUUGGCCUUGGCAUUGCAAUAACAAACAUGUACUAUACCAUUUGUCUUCGAGAAGUUGCAGUUACAAACGAUAUACAUCAGGCUUUUAAGAUAGCAUUUGCUUAUUCCGAUAUUUGCCAGUUAACUCUAAACUUAAAUGUUUGGCCUGCCCAUCCACUCUGUUCAAAUACAACUGAAUUGCGUCGUGGUUCACAGUGUAAGAAUACCUGUAUUUUCGGCUUAGAAACUACGAAUGGUACAUGUGUAUGUUUUCAUGGAUAUUUUGGUGAGUCGUGUGAAAACAUUUGUCCUGGUGGCUCAGAAAAUCCAUGCUCAAGCCACGGCGUAUGUGAUGUUAUCGGAGUAUGCUUGUGUGAGUUCAACUGGAAUGGUACACAUGAUUGCUCACAGUGUUCUGAUGGCUGGUUUGGUGAAGACUGUACGAUAUCCAUCAGUAAAACUACCUACAUAAGCCAAGAAACAUAUGUGUCACUUACAACCUUGCAUGGCUAUUACACUACAUUUACAGGGGUCAGCUAUUUCUUUCAUGCUUAUGGAGAAUAUUAUCUAUUUCAUCAUCCUGAAAUUUGUGAUAUACAGAUACGGCAAGUCCCAUGCUAUUAUGAUGCCAUUUGCAUCAACUCCAUAGCGUUUUUACUUGAUGGAGACACAACGUUCACCUUCCAUGCUCCAUACCAGAUCGGAGGGGGCGUUAUAAUGUGGAUAAACGGAGAGGAACUCAUAUUACAAACCACAUUCCUGUAUAUUAGUCAUACAAACUGGAUAUUGCAAGUCGUAUCUCCAACUCUGUAUGUUGUUAGUAGCCCAUUGCAUUUAAACGUCAACGUUUUCAUUCAGAUUAUUGACCAAUAUCUCCAAGUGUCAACCAGUGUUCCAACAAAUUUUACAAUGGCAGCCGGUGGGCUCAUUGCAUACAAUAGCACCGGUGCUCAAAAUGCCAGCCAAUCAAAUCUGAUCUCGUACCUUGUCUCAAAGUGGCAGGUAACCUACAGUCUUUUUAUCCAUGAACACAGUGUUUACAAAGAAAGCAUUGUGCCGACCGGAGGAAUCUACUCUCUCUAUUUCAACAGUAACGCAGUUACGUCUCAACCAUUCACAUUUACAUUUGCCUCAGAAAACAAUGACACAGAUCUAACUAUAGAGUUUCGUAUAAAGCCAUUGGAUACCCAUGGGGUCAUAUUAUCGUAUGGAUUAACAACUCAGUUUACUAUAAUGAUUGAUGGAACAAUACGGAUCAUUACUGGUUUGCAUACUUAUGACACUGGAAUAUCACUCACAGUUGGCGAUUGGAAUCGCGUAGCCUGUGUUAUAACAAAUCAAAAUAAUAUCUUGCAGUUUUACCACAGUGUAUCUACAAGCUUUAGUAGCAUACAAAUACUCCUGCUAGAACCAGUGAUGUUUGAACAACAUGGCGUCCUAUCAUUUGGCCAAUGGGUUAUUACUACAGAUAGUAAAUUUACUGUGUUGAAUUCAUCAUUUCAUGGUGAAAUCGAAGAGUUCCGUAUUUGGAACACAAGUUUCUACCCUGCAUUUAUAAAACAGACAGCAGAGAUAAAUGUAGAUGCAACGCUGUACUCAAACAACCUUUUAGCGUUGGUGAAGUUUGAUACUGGAACUGGACGUAUAGUCACUGACCUUACAAAUGGAAAUGACCUUAUUCUACCUACUGAUAUUUGGAAUCCACCUCUGUGGGUCUUUUCUGACAUCGAUAUUCCGACCGUAAACUCGGAACCAUUUGGAGGAAGUUUUGAAAACGAUACCCUUAAUUACCAAGCUGCACAAAUAUGUAUUCGCUUAAAUGAAAUAUGUUCAAAUCUCAGCCGGGAAAUGAUUGAAUUUUACUACAUGAGUUGUAUUAAUGUUGUAGCUAAGACUGAAUCGCUGAAUUUUGCAUACGGCCUGCUACACGCCGUGUCUGCACGCUACUGUAGCCCUCAUGAUGGAAGUAAUUAUCUUGGAGCCAGUUCACUUUGCUCUGUGUUUGACAUCCAUGAUCUUCCAGGUUGGAUUCAGGACACCUGUGACACGUGUGUAUUUGGCGAUGUCAUUUCAGAAGAUACAUGUGAAUGUUCAAGUGGCUACUGGGGCUCUGACUGUGAUUAUGUUUGCCCGGGGGGCGCUGCUACCCCGUGCUAUAGCAACGGAGUCUGCAACUCCAUGGGUAAAUGUGUCUGCAAUAUCAACUGGAAUCUUGACUUCAACUGCUCGGACUGUGCGACGAAUUGGCUUGGUGAUGAUUGUACCAUCUUCUUAUAUACCAAUCGUGUUCUGCAUGUUAACAAUAGAUACGUAGCGUAUAUUACAGGGGGGCAUCAAAUCACAACAUUCGAUGGUGUUUCUUUCUAUUUGCGAAUCUAUGGCGUAUAUAACCUGUAUAGCUUUGGACAAACAUCAAUCUAUUUUCGUUCAGCAAUUGCUACAAAUGGGCAUAAUUUUGGCUCCAGCUGUGAUGCAGUGAUUAUAUACUCUUACGGAAGUCAAAUUAUAGUUCGUGCUUCGAUCAGUGAGCUGUCAGCCUUUCGGCCAUAUUUUUGGCUAGACAAUGAAAUGGUUAGUCUUGAUCAUAAAACCAUCAUUAAUGAGGAUUUAUACAUCAUUCGUGUAAAUCUUAUAACAUACAAAAUACGAAGCUCGUCUAUGCCAUUCGAUAUACAAAUAAGUGUCUUUCAUGGUCGUCUGGAUAUUAUGUUUGUGACUACGUCAGAUAUUUGCAAUUCUAAUCACAACAAUGGACUCUUGUCGUCAUGUGAUACCAUCGGCAAUAUAGAACAUGCAAAUUGCCAUGAUAAUAAUACAAUAGUAGUCAAUACUGGUACUGAAGACUGUCAGAAGAAUAUUAGCCAAACUUCAAUCGAUCAAUAUGCAUCCAGAUUCCUCGUCAACAUAAAUAUUAAUACCUCUACCGAAUAUCAUAAUUCUCUGCUUCCAAUUCAAGGUGCUGGAAUGUGUUUAUACUUCAAUGAUUUUACCAUUACUUCAGCAGAUGUAAUCGCCUUGCCAGUUAAGUAUUUUACAUUAGAAACGUUUGUAAGGGCCCACCAAUAUGGUGGCGUGAUUCUCUCAUACGCAACUAUUCAUCACGUGAUCGCUGUUGUAAACCUGAAACGCGGUGUCACUAUAUGUGUUGGAACACAAAUAUUUGAAACAGGAAUUUCAUUAGAAAUUCUGGUUUGGAACCAAAUAUCGAUUGUUUGGAAUCAACAAACACAGAUCUUGGAAGUGUACAUUUUUGACCAAAAUGGAUUGGGUCGAGUUAAAGCUAUUUCCCUACCAAUAAAUUCUUUCGAAACAAAUGGAUAUCUUUCUCUUGGUCAAUGGCAUAGUGUAUAUCCGAAUGAAGUACCUCUACUCCCGCCACAACCAUUUAUCGGUGAAUUAGAUGAAAUCAGGAUUUGGAAUCGAAGGUCAAAUCCGUCAAUAGUGAUAUCAAACUGGAACAUCAAUGCAAUGGGGGACACACAAGAGCUUGCUUAUGUCUGGAAAUUCGACAGUGGAGUUGGUGGUUUAAAUGAUUUGGUUAGCGACUCGCCAUUCCAUCUUCCGCAAUGGAAUGCUCCAUUGUGGAGAAUUGCUGACAAUGAUCUUCCUAUACAACGUCAACCACUGCUUGGAUAUCCGACAUUUUUUAAUCAGACACUAGAGAACGCUGCUGUCGUCAAAUGUAGCAAUAUAUUCUUAACAGGUUUUGCUGUGAAUUAUGUGGAUUAUUUUGGGCAAGCGACGAUCGAUGCUUAUUAUCUGCAGUGUAUUCGUGAUAUAUCUUACCAUCUUGACCUUAGCGCUGCAAUCGAAGCCACUGUUGCCUUUGCAGAACUAUGUGUGAAAGAGAUACUUGAGGUUACUAUCUCGCCUGCAAGACAUCUAUGUAACGACUUUCCUGGAAGACAUUUUCCAGAUUGGAUUGGCACACAAUGUACAAUACCGUGUAUUUUUGGAACAGAGGAUCCUGAAGAUAUCAACAACUGUGUGUGUGAGUUCGGAUACUGGGGAAUUGCAUGUAGUUACCCAUGUCCUGGAGGUACUUUAUCUCCAUGUUCUGGACAUGGAACGUGUAAUGUUACAACAGGAGAAUGUAUGUGUGAUUCCCAUUGGCUUGGAUUAGACAGCCAAACAAAUGCUAAUAACACCUGUGACGUAUGUACCAAUGGAUGGAUGGCAACAGAUUGCACAGUGAGUUACAUCGAUGAUGCAUAUCCAUCAUUCGGAAUCGCCAUCAUUUAUGGUGAAUUGCAUAUGACUACCGUUGAUGGCGCAAGUGUGCACAUUGGUGUUCCUGGAGUUACAAGCAUAUUUGUAUCUGAACAGGUAUUUAUUCAAGCAAUAUUUCAACAGUGCAACUCAAAUGUGAACUGUCUUAUGAUCACGGAAGUGCUUAUUAUCAAUGGAGUUUAUGGACUCUCAGUCAGUGUUGAGCUGGGGUCUUCGUCACAACUGAUAAUUCAUGAGAACAGUGGUAAAGAGUGGCAACCAAUGAAUGAGGAAUCCGAUCGACAAAUUGGAGAGAUCAAUCUAAUUUGGUAUGACCGCGAUUUCAUAAAUAUAACAAUUGCAGAAACAUUCAGCAUGUUAGUUGUGCUUCAGUCUGAUAUUAUGUCGUGUGUCUUUGAGCUUCCGUAUAACGAUGGCCCACCAGGGAGCAGUGGAUUAAUUGGUUCGUUUGAUCGAAACCCGUUCAAUGAUUUGAAAUAUGAUGUCAUAAACGAUACGGUCUUCAUUAACGAGGUGCUUUCGCAGAACUACAUGGAUACGACUAUACUAAAGAUGCUACAGAUUCCUCAUGAUAACAGAAAUAAUCUCCAAAGUAAAUUUGCAGACAUCAAAUUUUUAUCUCCUGGCUACGCUUUGCAUUUCAAUGAAGAACAUUUAUCAUUCAAUUCUGCUGACAACUGGGAGCUAAAUGAAUUUACACUCGAAAUUUGGUUCAUUACACAAUACAUAUCAUCCGAAACACAGACAAUCUUGGAGUUUACAACAGAAACAAAACUGGUGUUACAGAUUGUUACACGACAACUUACUGUCACAAUUGGCAGUGAAGAAAUUAGAACUGAUUUAGUCAUUGAUAAUGGAAACUGGACUUACAUUGCUCUGUCAUGGAGAAGUUUUGAUGGAAGAGUGGCUGUAUCUUGUCACAGGCCAAACUACAACAAUAUGUUCACAUCAUUCAACGUUUUUACUGGUAAAACAGUGAAUCUUGGACCUAAAGUUCUAAUUGGAAAGGCGUCAGAAGCCAAAUCAUUCCAGUUCACCGGAAUAAUUGACAGCAUCUCUCUCUGGAGUUACUGUAAGACCGACUCAGAUAUAACAAAACAUAGAAAUAAUCAGACACAGUCAAGCGAUGUCGGGCUUCUUUUCAACAUUCCAUUUAGCGAAGGCUUUGGAAACACAACCUCAAUGCAACUACCGAUGCAAGCUGCUGACAUUACUGGUGGUAUUAUACAUCCAAGUAUGUGGGUACCAUCAGACGCACCUAUCUCAGUCCAACGUGAUCAAAUUCAUCAAUUCAUAAACGAAACAUUUGAAGACAUUGCAAUGUCAACUUGUCACACACUAUUUUACACCGGAAUACUGCUUGAUGAAUGUAACAACUUAUACAGUACAAGGCAAUUCUUCUUCGAAGCCUGUAUUUCAGAUGUUGCCGUCUCAAACAGACUUGACCAUGCAAAUGUCUCAGCAACCAUGUUUGCCUUCUACUGUCAACGGACACUGAACCUUCCUAGUGAAACUUUCUGUGAAAACGGCUUUUCUAUAUUAUGUAUUCCUGUCGAACAAAGCAACCUAUGGUGGCUGUGGAUUCUAAUAAUUUGCUUAACAUUUAUAUUGAUAUGUAUUAUUGUCAUAUGCUGCUGUAAAAAACGUAGGCUUGCUAAGGAAGAAAAACAUACAGAUGGAAGCAAUACUCAGUAUGCAACUCGGGGUGUAAAGCUGACCUACGAAGAAGAGGAGACUAAAUUAGAUGAGGAUGAUGAUGGGGAAUCUUACCGAUACAACAUAGAGUUCGCAAAAGAGAUUAAGCCUCCAACGUAUAUUGCAUAUUUACCUGAAGAUAACGAAGGAUACGAUGAUGAGGAUCCAGCAAACCGAUAUAACCUUGACCUUUAUCCAGCCCCUGACUAUGAUGAUCAUACGACUGCACUACCGAUGCAGACUUUUAUACCUGCCGGAAAUGAAGCGCAUGAGUAAACCAUUAAAUCAAUUUCAUUCCUAGGGGGCAGUACCAUAUCUUUUUUAAAUGAUUGUAAUUAAUGUGUAAUUUUAAAGCAUUUGUUUCAGCUUUGUUUUUAAUCAUGUUUUUAAUAAUUUUAACAUAUUGAUAUUCACAAAUUGAGUGAUUACUGGGAAGCUUUCGUUGUUCGCCUACAUUAGCAGAAAUGAAACUAACAAGUAGAUUAAUAUUCAUUAUUCAUCCCCUGACUAUCAUGAACAUGCGAGAGCACUCCGAUGGCGACAUUUAGAAUAUCUACCGAAGUGAGGAGCAUAACCAAUCUUAUGCCCUGAGGGUGGUACCAUAUCUUUCGAUGUACAUAAUUAGUGUGUGAUUUUAAGCAUUUAUAUAAACCUUUAUUGUUAAUCAUACUAACAUAGAUAUUCACAAAUUUUGUGAUUUCUAUGACUGGAUUGGUUUUUAUCGUAUACAUCAGAUCAAAAUAAGUUAACACGGCUGACAUUUCUUUAUUCUUCGUGAUAUUGUAGUAGUAAGUAUUUGUUUUUAAAUUGAGUUUUGUUGUUUGUGUCAUUUCAUUGAUUUUAAUUUUAGUAUGCAUGAAUUCUGCUGCCGACUGAAAUUUUAAGGGAUUACAUGUUUUUAAAUAUUAUUUUAAUUUAGUGAUAAAGAAUACGUUUCUCCAAGUACUUGUACCACUUAUUGAUAUUAUGAAUACAGUAUAUACUCAUUUAUUAUUUAUUAUUUAUUUGGUAUAAAAAAACACAUAUUACAAACAGCAGCCAAGGCUGAAAUGGUUUGUAUUACAAUUUAAAGAGACAACAAAAAUAUUCAAUUGAAAAAACAUCAAUAUCAAUAUUCAAAAUAUGAUGACGAUUACAAUUGCAACAAUAAAGACUUUAUACUAACAUUAUGAAUAUUCUUUAGUUUAAGUAAUUUUUAAAUUAAGUUUUAAAUUUUGAUUUGAUUGAGUUGAUUAAAUAAAGUUAUUAUCAUUAUAUUAAUAUGUAUACUAACAAUAGGCAUAAUUCUUUAUGAUGUAGGCCAAACCAACAAAACACACAGUGAUUCACAUUAUGGUAAUUGAUAUUUCUGUAUAAGAACAAUUUAAUUUUUCGUACUUGUUAUGGUUGCAUUAUAUGAUAUAGACAUAAUUUUUUACGCAGAAUAAAUAAAUUCAUUAUCAUUACAA